AUGGAUUUGGACUCAAAUGGAGACUGUCUCCUUAAAAUAGGAACACUUGGGAGGUAUGCAGUUAUGUGAAUUGAUAAUGCAGACAAUCACUGCUUUAAAACAUAUUUUCUGAUAUAGCUUUGACUCGAUAGCAGUGUUGUGGCUCAUGUUCUGUUAGGGAUGAACAUCUCAUAUUAUUAAAAACAACAUGUUCUUGUCUUGCAAAAUAGAUUACAUUUCUUUUACUGAAGCAGAGCUGAACUAAAUAGUCCAUCACCUAUUAGGAUUCCAUAUUUAAUGGCUAUAAAACAUGUAGAAUGUUAUGUUGUAGAAGUAUAGAGACAGAUAGCCAGAACCAAAUGUAAUGUUUGGGAAAAGUGUUCCUACAGCUCCAUCUAGUGGCCAUUUAAUUAAAAUUAAAUAUUGAAGAAAAAAAGGAACAUUUCUGAGCAGUAGUGCUUCUCUAAAAUACCAAAAUACACUGAUACUCAGUCACAACAUUAAAACCACAUACCUAAUAUCGCGUAGGUCCAACUUGUACUGCCCUCUGAAUGGGUCCUGUGGUAUUUGGCACCAAGACAUUAGCAGCAGAUCCUUUAAAUCAUGCAAGUUGUGUGGUGAGGCCUUCAUGGAUUGGAUUUGUUGUUUCAGCUCUUCCAACAGAUGCCGAAUCGGAUUGUGAUCUGGGGUAAAUGGAGGCCAAGGCAACACCUUGAACCCUUUGCCAUGUUCCUCAAACCAUUCCUGAACAAUUUUUGCAGUUUGGCAGGGUGAGUUAUCCUGCUGAAAGACGCCACUGCCAUCAGGGAGCACCAUUGCCAUGAAUGUAUAUACAUGGUCUGCAACAAUCUCUAGGUAGGUGAUACAUGUCAUCCACAUGAAUACUAGGACCCAAGGAUUCCCAGCAGAACAUAACAAUGCCUCCGCCAGAACAUAACACUGCCUCCGCCGGCCUGCUUUCUUCCCAUAAUGCAUCCUGCUGCCAUCUCUUCCCUAACUACACACAAGAACCCAGCCAUCUACCUGAUCUAAUAGAAAAUGGCAUUCAUCAGACCAGCAACGUUCUUUCAUUGCUCCAUGGUCCAGCUCUGACACUUAUGUUCUCACUGAAGGCACUUUCGGCGAUAAAAAGGGGUUAUUGUGGGCACACUGAACAGUGUGCGGCUACACAGCCCCAUACACAGAAAACUGCAACGCGCUGUGUGUUAUGAUACCAUUAUUUCAUGGCCAGUUUUAAGUUUUUAAACAAUUUUUUUUAAACAAUUUAAGCUACAGUAACUCUUCUGUGUGAUUGAAACAGAAGGACUAGCCUUAUCUUCCCACGUGCAUCAAUGAGCCUUGGGCACUGGCGUACAUACCGCGGUCGCAGGGGUUGCAGCUGUGACCGGGCCCGGUCCACCAUGGGGCCCGGCCGCCCUGCGACCCAGGUAUGUACGUUAGUGCGGCCACAUUUUGCCAGCCUCUCCUCCUGGGAACAUUCUCUCCUGAGCUCUCUCUGCCCAGCUCCCUUGCACGCACUACAGUGAUGCCGGAGCCGGAAUAUGACGUCACUCCGGCUCCGGCAUCAGUAAGCGGCACCCGAGGGAGCUGAACAGGAAGAUCAGUGCACCCUCGCCUCCUGCAGGACCGGCCGCCCAGCAGCCCCACUGGACCCCAGGGGAAUCUGGAAUCCCACCAGCACUCCCAAAGGUAGGGAGGCUGGGGGAUUAAAUGUAAAAAAAAAAUGUGUUUUUGUGUGUCAGUGUGUGUGUGUGUGUGUGUGUUAGUGUGUGUGUGUGUGUGUGUUACUGAGUGUGUUAGUUGUGUGUUAGUUUGUGUGUGUCUGUUAGUGUGUGUCUGUUAUUGAGUGUGUCUGCUAGUGAGUGGCAGUGAGUGUGUUUUUGUGUGUACACCACUGGCCUUGGGCACCCAUCACCUUGACACUGGUUCACCAGUUGUUCUUUCUUUCACCACUUUUGGAAGGGACUAACCACUGCAUACCAGGAAUAACCCACAAGACCUGCCGUCUAGCCAUCAUUAUUUGGCCAUUGUCAAAGUCACUUAGAUCCUUUCACUUGCCCAUUUUUCCUGCUUCCAACACAUGAAAUUUAUGAACUGACUGUUCACUUGCUGCCUAAUAUAUUUCAAUGGGAAACAACUGAAAAAUGUAACAUUAUAUUUGACCCUGUAACUUCCCAAAACACCAACAGACAUCAUGUGGGUUCUCCUUCUAUUUGGCACCGGGAAAUUUAUCAGAGCAUUUCUGUGGUAAUCCACUGCAAAACUCUGCAAUAGAUCAGUGCUGUUGAGGGAGAUCAAGCAGGGCCUCUACUCUGGCCAAUAAGAUUGUGGCAAAAUUAACAUUGCCACUUGUGCCUGAAGAGGACUACUUGCCAGCCUCUUGCCAUGUGAUUAUGGUACCUGGGAGGUUUGGCCCUUUAAAUAAAGUAUUUGGGCAUAAUGGAUUUUUAUUGUGCUGCUGGCCCUUUAAGAACCAUCAGGGGACAUACUGUGACUUUUGGGAAAAAUUCCCCUUUAAGACUGUGUCCCCUGUCCUCUAAAAUACUUUGUUUGUGCCCUUUUCCCACUUGGUUCAGUAAAUGGGGCUUACUGAACCAAGUACCACACAGGCGGACCACCCAGAAGUGGAAGCGUGCAGGCAAUUUACCUCCCAUUUGUAAUACUGUGUUACACUAUGUAUUUUUAUUUGUUUUUUAUACACAUGUACAUAUAAAUUGGAGCAACCAGAUCCAAGGUAUAUACAGCGGGGUAUUGUAAGUGCUCCGGUUUUUUACUUAUUCUCUCUAUAUAUUUUUUCACUAUAACACUGGUAUAUCAGUGGCAUUCGAAUUAUCAUGGUGUAUAUAGUUACCAUUUAAUUCAUGAUAAUUUGUUAAAAGGUGCUCACUGUGAUUACCCUAUUUCCUUUAGGGUACGGUCUAUACCAGUGGUUCCCAAACUUUUUAGGUUCAAGGCGCCCUUAAUAUUUUAAUGUUGUAAAUGUUGUUACCCUGGAGUAUGUUCCCCUUGUUCGUGGGAACCUUUCCACCGAACAGCGCCUUUCUAAGUGUUGUAGAACCGAGCGCAGGCAAUGCUGGAAGUCCAGCGUUGUUCGGGAGUUUCUGUGUACGUUUUCAGUUCCAUGGGAUUCAUGCCCAAUCACCGCUGCCUGCUUUCAUGCGAACAAGAUGGCUGCCACCUCGUGGUCGUCCAUAUGAAUUGCAGCCACCAAGAUGAAAACUUAGAACACUGCGGUGGAAAUUGCUACAAAGUAGCAAUUAGGCGUAACAAGCUCCGGGGUGGUCUCCAGUUCGUGCGGCUAUUCGGUUCCCGAACCACAUAUAAAAUUCCACAAACCAAGUCUGUUCACAUACUUUUUUAAAGGGCCCAUAGUCUUUUGGUAAGAGGCUGGCCAGCAGGCCCCUCCAAGCACCCGUGACGAGUACAGUGUUGCUGUUUGUAGAGGUGCUUUUAUAUAGUUUUAGUGUUUUGAUAUAGGGGUGUGUUUGUAUGUUAUGUUUGCCUUUGAUUGCAAGGGUGUGUUUGAAUGUUAUGUUCACUUUUAAAUGCAGUUGUACAUUUGUGUGAAGUGUUUGAGUGAAUGGAUGUGUUUUUAUAUCCUCUUGGAGUUUGUAUGUAACAUUUGAUUUAGGUUGCAGAAGUGUGUUUGUAUGUUGUUCUGGUUCUGGUUCUGGUAAUAAAAUAUAUACUCUUUAUUAUAACCCCCAAAACAACAAUUAUUCCUCUAUAUAAUGGAAAACCAUUAUUAUUUUUUUUUGUAAAUAUGUUUUUUUUCGGUUUACAUUGUCGAUAAUAAGUCACAUUGAGACUCGCAGGUCUCCGUAGGCCUUUAGGGCACACUAACCAAAGUACAACAUGUGCAUAGCGUUUUUAUGUCGGCCAACCGGGCGCGCAGGCCCACAAUUGCGGUGGACUCGCAGGUCCCUUACAGCAUGCAGUUCUUGUCCCUAAACUGGUGUAUCGUUUGUAUUCAGUUGCUCCGUUUGUUAAGUAACAUUAGGCAAACGUCAGUGCGGACUCGCAGGUCCACUUAGGGUAGGACAUAAGCAGCCUUUGGAAAGGAAUGACGGUCUGCAAAACCAGCAUUGGUGACGUGCCGGUCACAAUGUUGUGGGUGUUAUAGUCUGGUGUCGGGCCCGUGAGUCUCGUUGCAGUAAGGCGGUCAGGUUUUACCUCUAGCAAACGUUAAGGUGUCAGGGUGGGUCCGCUGGCCCCUUUGAGCCCAGCGUUAAGUCCCGUGGCCUGAUCUGGAGAACGUGCAUGUGGGUGUCAUAUGUUCUGUUGUCUCCUCAUGGAGGAGUGAGCGUCUCCCCGGAGGCCUUAUAAGUCCUCUCUUAUGUUGUCACUGGCGUAUGCCUAAUACUUGUCUGUUCGCACGCAGUGUUUGGGAUUGGGGAGGGUGUCCGGGUAGUGGCGUCUGGGGAGGUGGGGGGGUCGGGGUGCGUCCGCGUCUGGGUCACGUCUGUCUAGGUCGUCUCUGUGUUAGUCGGUCUAUGCGGCCUCGUCGCUGUGUCCUCACGUGUCGUAUUGGAGCCUGGUUGUGAAUUCUGCCUUGGUAGUAGUCAGUAUCCAGUGGGUCCAUAUGUCCGUGUACCUAUUCAAGGAGUUGGAUGUGGUCAUAAUGAGUUCCUCUAUGGCUCUGAGUUCCUCCAUUUGGGAGAACCAGGACGUCAAUGGGGGUGUCGUUUGUUGCUUCCAGAAUUGAGGGAUCACCUGUUUGGCAACGUUUAGGAUUCUAAUGGUUAGUGAGUGCUUGUAUCUCGUUCUACGUGACUUCGUAUGGUGAAGGAGCAUGUGUUCUGGGAGGAAGGGGGGUGGUGUGUCUGAGAAGGUUUUGAGAAAGCCGUGUAUCCCGCGCCAGAAGGGCUUUAUGGCUUCGCAGGCCCACCAAAGGUGGAGUACUGUGCCGGCCUCUCUAUUACACCUCCAGCAGAGAUCCGAGUGUUCCGGGUCCAUGGCAUGGAGUGCAAUCGGGGUGCGGUACCAAUUCGUUAACAAUUUAAACGCCGUUUCUUGUGUUUUGCUGAAGACUGAGCAGUGAUGCGUUAAGUAGCAUAUCUUUUCCCAGUCCCCGUCUGUGAAAGUUUUCCCCAAUGUUUGUUCCCAUCUCCCCAUGAAUUUGGGUUUCUCCGUUGGCGUCUCCCUCUGUAGCAUGGAGUAAAUGAGUGAGAUCCCGUGUGGUUGCGUGUCUGGGUCCAUACACAUUCUUUCAAAUGUGGUAGGGUCACGUUUCCGUGCCGUGCCCCCCGGGAGGGUGUGUACAUAGCUCUGUAGCUGUCUGUGUUUUAGGUGGUGUAGGAGGGUGGGGGUUGCUCCCUCUAAUAGGGUCGGGAGUGUUUUGCAUUCCGUGCCUGCCAGGAGGUGGUGUAGUCUGGGUAGUUUUUGUCGGAUUAAGUCCCUGAAUGCGUUGGGGUCUAGCCCCGGUGGGAAGCUGUCGUUAUGCGUGAGAGGGAGAAGGGGGGAUGGGAAUGGCGCUAGUCUGCAUCUCUGUGCUACUCUCUCCCACGCCCGUAGGGUUGCGGUUGUAUAGGGUGUGCCCCGUCUCCCACCCCCUCCCCUCCCCAGCCAUGGGACGAUGGACAGCGAUAUCCCCGCAUCCGUUUCCUCUGCCUCUUUCCAUCUCUUAUGCACCUGCUCUUUUGUCCACUCCAUAAUUCGUUGGAGGUGACAGGAUUCGUAGUACAGGGAGAAGUCUGGUAUGGCCAGUCCCCCCCUGUCCUUGGGCAGCGUCAGUGCGGCUAGUUUGACCCUCGGUCUUUUGCGGUCCCAAAUAUAUUUCCCGGUUUCCUGUCGCAGGGCCUGAAAGAAUGAUCUGGGGAUGGUAAUGGGCAGGGCUUGCAUGAGGUAUAGUAGGCGUGGGAGCAGGUUCAUUUUUAUAACCUGGACCCUGCCCAGCCAGGAUAUGUGUGGGUAUGCCCAAUCCGACAGGUCUUUCCGGAACCUGUUUAGUAGGGGGAUGAAGUAGUGUCUGAAUAGAUCAGGUUCCCUCCUCGUCAGCCAUGUGCCUAGGUAUUGUAGUUGAUGUUGUGCCCAUUGGAAUGUGUGGCUCUGCUUUAAGGGGGAGGCUCUGUGUUCUGGUAUACUAACGUUCAAGAUGUAGGAUUUUGUGAAGUUGAUUUUGAGGUUGGAUAUCUCCCGGAAGGUCCUGAAGGCCUUCAGGAUAUUCGGGAGUGAGACCUCCGGGUUAGUGAUAAAGAAGAGGAGGUCAUCGGCGUAUGCCGCGACUUUGUGUUGUGUGUCUCCAUGUCCAAUGCCCCUGAUUGCUGCGUCCUGUCGUAUGUGCGUCAGGAAGGGUUCGAGUGUCAGCACAAAAAGCAGGGGUGACAAGGGGCACCCCUGCCGCGUGCCGUUGGUGAUGGGGAAGUCACUCGUCAGGGCUCCGUUUACUAUAAUGUGGGCGGUGGGCCCGUCGUACAGUGCCUUAACCCAUCUCCGGAAGUGCGGUCCCAGCCCGGUGUGGGCCAGUGUAUGGAACAUGUAUUGCCAAUCGACUCUGUCGAAGGCCUUCUCUGCGUCCGUGGACAGCAGUAGAACGCCCUCGUCCCCGCAAUUACGUCUGUGCAUGAACGUCAGUGCCCUGAUCGUGUUGUCUCUUGCUUCGCGGCCCAUGACGAAGCUGACCUGGUAUGGAUGUAUUAAAGUGGGGAUGUGUGUCUGGAGGCGUGUGGCUAGUAUCUUUGCCAACAGUUUGACGUCGCAGUUGAUAAGUGAGAUGGGCCUGUAGUUCCCACAAUGUUCCCUGUCCUUACCUUCCUUCGGGAUGAGUGCGAUGUGUGCGGUCAGUGUCUGUUUUGGCAGGUGAUGUCCUUCCCUUAGUGCGUUCAGGGCAUCUAGGAGAGGGGGGUAUAGGUGUUCCGCGAAUGUUUUAUAAUACUUUAAUGGGAGCCCGUCCGGACCGGGGCUUUUACCCUGUUUCGUCACUUUAAUGGCGUAAGCUAGUUCCUCUAUCGAAAUUGGUUUGUCUAGGCUUUCUGCGGUUUCCUGGUCUAUGGACGGGAGGGGGUGGGCUGACAGGUAGGCUUGUAUUUUCUCCCGCAGGCUGUCUUUCGCCCUGUCUAGGAGGGGCCGGGGGAGGGCAUAUAGGUUUGCGUAGUAGUCCCGCGUUAUGUCGAGGAUUUUAGAGGGUAGGUGGUGUAGGGUGCCCUGCCCGUCCCUCAUUUUAUCGAUGUACGUCCUUUGUCUCUGUUUGGCUAGCAUUCUGGCCAGUAGCUUACCGCUUUUAUUGCCGUGAAGUAAGAAGAAGGCCUUAUGUCUGGUUGCGUCUCUGAGGUGUUUCUUAUGUAAGAGGCUCGUCAGGUCCCGCCUGAGUUGUAGUAGUGUCGCCUAGUGUGCCGUUUGUUGGGUGUUUUUGUUGAGUGUUUCCACCCUGUGUAUUUCGGCCACUAGGUCAGUCAGACGGCUGUCGGUCUGUUUUUUAAGGGUGGACCCCUGGCGGAUGAAGUGUCCUCGUAUCACGCUUUUGUGUGCCUCCCAUCUAAUGGUUGGUGAGGUGUGUUCGGUUGUGUUCGUCUCAAAGUAUUCUUUGAGUGUGUCGUUAACCUCGGACGUGAAGUCGGGCCUAGUAAGGAGGUAUUCGUUAAGCCUCCAUUUGUUGUGCCGGGGUCUGUACAGGGGGGACGAGAGUGUUAGGGUUACCGGCGCGUGGUCCGACCAUGUCGCCACCCCAUGUUCUGCAGCGUUAGUUAUUGGUAGAUGGUAGUGCGUGGUAAAAAGGUAGUCUAGUCUGGUGUAAGUGUUGUGCACGUGUGAGAAAAACGUGUAAUCCCUCUCGUCCGGGUGAUAGGCCCUCCAGCAAUCUAUCAGCUGGUGGCGAGUUAGAAGGGACUUGAUUGAGUUUAGGUUUUGCGCCGGGACCCCCGAUCGUCCGGCGGAGGUGUCCCACCGCGGAUUGAGCGCUACGUUUAGGUCGCCCCCCACUAUGAGGAUUCCCUCCGUGAAGGGCCUUAGUUUCCUAAGUGUGUGUGCCAGGAAUCUGUAUUGUCGGGUGUUCGGGGCGUAGACGUUUGCGAAUGUAUAGGCCUGUCCUGCCAUUGUGCCCUUGAGGAAGAGGAAUCUGCCUUCCCUGUCCGUCAGCUGUCCCGUUUCUACAAACGGUAUGUUUUUGUGAACUAGGAUGGCCGUGCCUCUGGACCUCCCUGCGUGGUAGUCGCUGUAGUAUCCCGUGGGGUAGUGAUGGUUUGUCAAUUUGGGCCUGGACCCGUCCUUGAAGUGUGUCUCCUGUAUUAAUACUAUCGAGGCUCGUUUAGCGUGGAAGUCUCUCAGCGCUCCUGAGCGCUUCUCUGGUUUAUUGAGACCUCUGGCGUUUAUGGAGAGGACAGAGAGACAGUCCGGCACCAGUGCCCUCGUGUCUGUGUGUGAGUGUGGCCGCAUCGUUUCGUCCUUGGGUCCUGGUCCGGUCUAGGGGUCUGUAUGCGUCUGUGUCCUGUCUGUGUCUAUGUCGUAGGUCGGGUGGGGGUUGUAGGAAAGGAAGAAAGAGAAAGGGGGGGAGGGGGACGGGGGAUGUAUGGGGUGUGGGUGUACGUGUCCUUGUCACUGUAAGGUGACAGUUAGGUGUCAGCGACGGUGAGCGGUUUAGCCAGCGGCCACCUGUGGUCCGCGGCUGCUGCUCGCCUGUCUGUGUCGCUGGGCCCUUUGGGGCAGUAGAAGGAAGCUAAGGGACUUUGGGUGGAACCAGUCCUCCCUGCGUCCGCGCGUAUGUCGGUGGUAGAUGUGUACCUGAGUUGCGUUUCUCGGUCCGUUUGGUCCGUGUAGUCCCCCUGUCGGCUCUAUCUGUCAAGUUCUGGUCGUUAUGAACGUCCUCCUCGGUAAAGUUCCUGUGUGUUGGGCUCCGGGUCAUAGGUCAAGCCGCCGUCUCAGGCGCCUGUCAUGUGGGUAGGCAAAGAAGAAUUAGAUAACAAAACUAUUUUGCAUUUAAACUUAAUAAACCUUUCUUAGGAUUAAACUUUAAACUGUUAACUUGGUUGUGGCAUGCAGCUGCCUGCUUUAUAACCUGGUUGUGUUCCUGGCUGAGUACCCAACCUUCGCUCCCAUACCUCCCCCUCUCUGGCACCUGUGUUGGGUCCCUCUGCCCCUCCAAGGCUGGUUCGGGUCGCCCCCCACCGGCCCUCCUCUCAGGAGCCCCUCUCUCCCUAUCCCGUGCCUGGGCCCCUCUUCAGCGUGUCCCCUCCACCCUUCGUCCGUGUAUGAGUGGGACCCCCCGGUGGGGCCCGCCCCCUGCUCGGCUGGAUGAUCACAGGGCGGUCAGGGCCCCAGCGGCGGGCCCCAGUCCUAGUGGAGCUCCAGGAUUCACACCCCCCAUUCCCUACGCCCCCCCCCCCCUCGGGUCAGCCUUGGUGAAUGCGCCUAGGUUGGGGUCGCUGCCCCCCUGGGGUUGGUCCCUGCGCGAUGGUUUCGGUCCCUAGGUGUGGCCCCCUCCAGCUGGCUCCCCCCUGCCCCCCCCUCCGUGGUGUUGAGUCGUGUAUAGCCCGUCUGUUGUACCAUGGAUGUGAACUCCUUUGCGUGCUCGGGGGCGAGUAGCUUACCCUGUGGGAAGGGGCUCGUCUAGUAGGCAUGUGCGUGUUGCCCUAUGGCAGUGUCUAGCUAAGCAUGUAGCUUCACCCUCUGUCUGCCUUCGGUACCGUCCCCUGAUGGUGCUCCACUUGCGCUUCCCCAGUGCCUUCCCUCCCCCAGGGUGCGUGAGCUGGGUAGGUGCCCCCCCUGGUGUGCCCGUCCCCCCAACUCACAGCUCGAUGUGGUUUAGGAAAACAGUAAAACCAUUAUUAUUAUUACAUAAUAAUAGUAAGUUAUCACCAUGAAUAUCUGAUAUCUACAUCAAACAUAAGACACAAAGGAAUUUACAGAAGAAUAUUCUUGUGAGGUGGAUUGCAUACCAGGUAAUAAGAGGUAAUAAUAAUAUAAGUGUGUAGAGAGAGAAAAGGGGAUCCUGAUACUAAAAAAAAAACAGUGCUCCCCAAGGUUUUGGCCAAAGGCCUUUCUCACAGGAGGAUAUCCAAAUAAAGCAAAUAAUCCCUACAUGUACAAAUAAAAUAAUAUAAAAAUUAUAUUAUAAAUAAAAUAAAAUAUGCCCCAUCUGGGGGAGUGUGUGGCCAUCCACUAACUGCAGGAUACGCAAUGAUGGGGAUACUGGAGAAACUAAACACACAUAAAAAAUAAUAAGAAAAAAUAAUAAAACAAUAAUAAUAAUAAUAAUAAUACAAAAAGUAAGAAAAAAAAUUAUAAAUGAAUGAAUACCAAAAAAAUACAUAAUGAUGAUAAUAACCAAGCAAUGACAAAAAGCGGAUAAAAGACACACAAAAAAAUGGAUACAUAAACAAAAUCCAGUAAGAAAUAUAUAGGGAAUAUUUGCUUUACUUUGUUACCCUUCCUUGAGAAAGGCCUUCGGCCGAACCGUUGGGAGGCAAUGCUUUUUGUUUCGUUUUUUUUGGUAUCAGAAUCUUCUUUUUUCUCACUACACAAUUGUAUUCUUAUUAUCAGAUAUGCAAUCCACUCCACUUUAUGAGAAUACUCUUCUGUAAAUUGAUUUGUGAUUUGAUGUAGAUUUCAAUUAUUCAUGGAAAUUACUUGAGCAUUAGGCUAUACUGUCAUUAUGCAAUAUUCAGGAUUGUGGUAUGGCUUUCUCUUAUAUAAUUGGACUAAUUGGUGUUUUGGGAUUAAUAAUAAAUAUUGUCUAUUUUUAUUUGGUGUACUUCUGUAUGAUGUUAAGAUUAACUUGUCAUAAUAUAAUCUUAUUAGAAAGAGCAAAAACAAAAACGUAGCAAUUGCGUUCAAGAAUAUGGCCAGAGGAUGGCAAUGUAACAUGGAAAAUUUUUGCAUAUUACAUCUGGUAAAAGGGCCAAACUUGCCACGUGCUUAGUUGUAUCUCAAAUUAAGAUAAUUUGCUAAAUUCCAAACUGGCAUUUAAACUGCAAAAUUCAAGGAAAACCCUCUCAUCUGGUGUAACUGCAAUUCAGCUAUUUACUAAACACAGUUUGAUGGAUAAUUAGUGGGAUUAUUGAAAAUCUGCUCAGUCAACUCAGUAAUUUGAUAACUGUUGGAAAAAUAGCAAAACAAAUCAUAAUUCUGCACAAAGUGUCAUAUUUGGAUAUUUAGGAUAUAAAAUCUGAGAUUUCAGUUUACUUGUUUUUUUUUUUUUUUUUUAAGGAUAAACUGCAGAAAGCCUUAAAAUGAGCGCAGUUAGUUGGUAAAACAUUAAAUUAAUAAAAGUAAAGAAGCAUAUUGAGGUUUCGACCACGCCAUGUUGUCUUAAUCAAAGAUAUGAUAGAGGCCACAUGAUGUGGUGGAAAAGUCAUCAUGUAUUCUGAUUUCAAUUAAAGACUAGAGAUGUCGCGAACCGUUUGCGAACUUCCCGCGAACGGCUUGCCGCAGUUCGCCACGAACCGUUCGUGGCGAGCUCCGGUCAGCUGACACAUCCCACCCAAUCUCCAGCAGACCCUCCCUCCUAGACCCUCCCACCUCCUGGACAGCAUCCAUGUUGAAGCUGCCUUCAACAUGGAUUAGUGUCCAGGAGGUGGGAGGAUCUGGGAGGGAGGGUCUGCUGGAGAUUGGCCAGGAUGAGUCAGCUGACCGGAGCUCGCCGCGAACAGUUCGUGGCGAACCGCGGCGAGCCGUUCGUGGGAAGUUCGCGAACGGUUCGCGACAUCUCUAUUAAAGACUGUAAUCCCCCAAUUUAGAGUGCUCGGAUCUGAUAGUUUUACAUUGAUUUCUUAAUUGGACCUUUGGAGUUUUCAUUUGCAUUGCGGAAGUAUUCAGUCCCUCUUGUGUAAAUUUCUACGAUAGGAGGCAAUGUGAGGGUUAUCAACAAGUGGCAGGCAGUGUCUCACUUGAGAUGAGAUGAGAUGAUGAUUUUUUUAUUUGACAAUGUUUAUAAAAGAUUUUCCACAGAGAUUUUCCACAGAGAAUAAAAAAAAUGUAAAAAAACCUCACGAUACAGAACAGACACAAAGUGAAAUUGUGGUAGUUGAUGAGGAAUUAUUGGAAGAAUAAGUAUUAUUUGAAGUCCAGAGGACCUCCUAUGCCUGAGUUAGGCGCUUGCUGAAUGCCACUGUUUAACAAAUUGGUGCAGUUAUAAGUCACGCUCAGCAGUGAGACAGUGUGCAAUGUACUCUCUGUAGCAUAACCUUUACAAUGAUGCAAUGUUUUUUUUUCAUGCUUGGAGUAUCCUUUUAACUCCUUCAAAGAUAUAGGCAAAUAUCAAAUUUCUGAACCAAAAAACCCCUAAAGUUUGUGCUAUGUGUGUGCUACAGUAAUUUAAUAGUUUCUCUUUAAGCGCACACAUACAUAUUAUAGAUUUGUUUUUAAAGGACAGAAAUAGCUUUCUUUGUCCUAUACCUAACACAACAAUAAGUGUGAAUAAAAUGUUAAAAUUAGAGGGGAGGAGGGGGAAUUAAAAAUAUUUUGUAUUUUUAAUGUUUGCUUAUGAAAAUGUUUACAUAAGUGCAACUUAAGAAAAAUAACUCAAUAUAGAUUUGCAUACCAGUCCUGAUUGUUAAAUAAAAACUCAUAUGUCUGGGAUUAAAUUUUUGGGAUUAAAUUUUUGGCAGUAACCUUGCCCUAUACCGACCCUCCAACCCUACCCCUAUGCUUAUACCAACUCUCACUGUGCACCUAUCCUUACCUUAAUCCUACAUUAUCCCUACAUUAAAAACAUUAAAACAGCUUUAACCCUAAUCCACCAUUAAACUUUACCCUACACUAACUAACCCUAAACUCUACACUAACCCUAACUCUAAAUGUACCUUAACCCCUUAAGCACCAAACUUCUGGAAUAAAAGAGAAUCGUAACAUGUCACACAUGUCGUGUCCUUAAGGGGUUAAAGUUAAAGUGGCACUCGAGGCACCAAAACAACUUUAUCUAAAUGAAGGUGUUAUGGUGACAGGAGGCCCCUGGGUGAACUCUUCCCUCUAGGGGUUAAACCAUUCUCAAAUGAUUUAACCACGAAGUAAGCAUUUAGCGCUGACCUUAACUCCUCCCAGGCUGCAUCCGACUGCAGGGUGCUGGAUGGUUUAACCUCAAAGUGAGCCUUCAGCACUGAUUUCAUCUUCCCCCAAGUGGCACCCGACUUCUGAAAUUUCAGUUUCAGUCAUAGCGGAGUGCUAUCUGGCAGGGACGCCACUGAUUGGCUGAGAGCGGUCAGCUGACUCAGCCAAUCAGUGGCUCCCCAUUCAGAAAACUGACUUAAAAAAAUAUGCUUCUUUUCAAGUCAGUUUUGUGAAUGGGGAGUCACUGAUAAGCUGAAAGUAUCAGCUGACCGCUUUCAGCCAAUCAGUAGCGAAAGUAUCAGCUGACCGCUUUCAGCCAAUCAGUAGCGACAGCACUCUGCUAUUCCUGAAACUGAAAUUUCAGAAGUCGGGUGCCACUUGGGGGAAGAUGAAAUCAGUGCUGAAGGCUCACUUUGGGGUUAAACCAUUCAGAAACCACAAGGCACCAUAAAAACUUUGUUUAGAUGAAGUUGUUAUGAUGCCUAAAAUGUCCCUUUAACCAUAACCCUAGCUCAGAGGAAUUCUUAAAUAAGCAUAGGGAAAUCCCUUCUAAAACAGUAGAGAACGGUCUGUUAUCACCAUCUAAUGGCUGUUUGUAGCAUGGGAAAUCUCCCCGUCAUGCUGUCCUUGACGAUCACAUUAUAAUCAGUGAUGCCAGCUGGAAAAGUCCAGCACAGAUCAUAAUCAGCAGGAUGCUUACUGGUAGCAAAUCAAUGCUUUUUAAAAAAAAUAUAUGAUGUCCAAGCAACAAAUGGAAUCAAUCAGAUGCAAACAGCCAUUAAUAUAUAAUAUAUUAUUAAUGUUUUUCUUUUUUGAGGACAUGGGUCACAAACCACAGUAGAGUUUUGCAAAGGUAUAUGAACAUGUCCCCAAGUGUCUUCAUUUUACAAACAUGUAAUGUUAGUAGGGCACACCCUGAGAUUGUAUUGGAAUUUUUUCAUAUCUAAUUUCAACUGCCGACAAGUUUUAACAAAAGCUAUGAAUGAAGGAUUUAUGUUUCUCACAAUCAGAUUCUUAAAGUUCUUCAAGGUUUAGUAAUAAUAUAAUAUAAAUAUUCUUUCUAUAGAAACAUGUUCAGAUACUGUAUGCAAGCAAAAGUUAUGUGAUUUAUCUCUUAUGCUUUAAAUACAAGGAAACUUACAAUUUUAGAGAAAGAAUGCAUGGGGAGUCUGCAUUCACAAUUUAAACUAUAUUCUAAUUGGCCUGUUGGUGCUUUCAGCCAAUCAUAAUACAGGUAGAAUUCAAAGCAGGGACAAACAAAGGGACUGGGGGAGUAAGAGACACGCAAAAGGGCUGGAGGAAUUAAGAGACACACAAUAAAUCUUGGGAGAAGUAAGAGGCACACAAAGUGGCUCAGGGGAAUUAAGAGACACACCAAGGUGUUGAAAAAAGGGUCUGGAGGGAGUAAAAGAUACGCAGAGGGGCUGGGGGAGUAAAAGUCACACAAAGAGGCGGUAAGAGACACACAAGGGCAUUGUAAAAUACACAAAAGGGGAAAAAGAUACACUCAAGUAAGACAUUCAAAAGGGGCUAAAGGGGGAAAUGUAAAAGGGUAUUAAGAGAUACACAGGUGAAGAUACCCUGCAUUUAAGAGCUAAAUCACUUUGUUUCUGUUUAAGUAGUCUUAGCAACAGACUGCGCUGUCGCUGUGACCUGCUUGUCUGCUCUCCAUGAUUGCCGUGACCUGCAGGUGUAGAGGCACAGAGCAACUAGCAUUAGUUAAUAAGGUUAACAAGGAAUGAAGAAGAAGACAUGCAAAGUCACACAGCGUUAUUCUCUGACGGGAUUGUCUGGAUUUCAACAUGAGCCGAAGUCGAACCAUAGCUGACUUGGAUAAAUUUUCCAGUUCAGCAAUUUUGGCCUUAAAUUUGAAUUUCAGUUUGAAUACACGUUUAAACGACUCCUCAAUGUAAGCUUUCCUGUAGUGACCUUCAAAGAGGCAACCAUAGUGGAUGGGUGGGGUGCUCAGCCUUACCAAAUCGGAUAUCGCGGCCUACCAGCAUGGAUGGCGCGAGGGAGGCGGCCGCUCCCUGACCAUCAUAUCUUGCUGUGCACAUAAGUGUGGAACCCCUUCCCCCCCAUGGACAGGCGGGGGUUAUCUCGGUCCCCACUGACCCAAAGCACAUGGCUACAUUGCCUCCAGCAGCCCACCAAGACGCCUGCAUGAAACUGACCUGGUCGAACAAAACUAGGAGGCAACUAUGUGGAAAAUGCACUAACACCUCUGGACAAAAUAUUUGAUAGUUUUUUAUUGUUGUCGCACCACUGACUAUUGCCUUGUUUCUUCUUGAUCACCCUUAUACAAAAAUGUGCACCUAUUUUCUAUGCCACGACUGUUUUGCUUUAUCUCUUUCAAUACAUGCUACUGCUGUUGGGGCGUGGCAUGAAUGCUUGUUAUAUUAACUCAUGCACGGAAAAAAAAAUACAGGAAUGAGAAACAAUUUUCAACAAAUACGAAUCAAACAAUCUUUACCCAUCGACUUGACCAGGAGACUCACACCAAUGUUAAAUUAGGUUGAAAUACUGGUCCAUCCUUACCACUUGUCAAAGGUUUAAGGAGAGUGAAAACAUCAAAAAGGCUUGCUCCCACCACUGAGUUUUGAUUUUCUACAUAUCAGACAAUCCAGAUGUAGCAACAUGGUUAAAAUAAAGGAGACAUUCGACACUCCAGAUGUUGUGUGCUAUUGCUCCCACGAUGCCCUUACAGUUGUAAUACUGGUAAGGAGAAGAUGAGGUCCAACACAUCUGGAGUAUUGAAGGCUGCAUACACCUGGAAUAAAGCAACAUGAUAAUGAUUACACACUUAUAUUGUCAGGUGUAUUCAGUAAAGUGAGAAUUCAAUGUGAAUUGUAAUUUUAAAGUUAGCCGCUACAUCGGCCUCAAAUUUUUAAUUCACUUUGUAUUCUCACUUUAAUGAAUAAUCUAUAUGGGCUAAAUCAUGAAAAUCAAAGUGAUGUGUAGUCAUAUUUUUCUAUGAUGUGUACAUGCAUUUUUUAUGUUCGAAAUGUAAUUAAUAUUUCUGGCUGUUAUAGUAACAUAGCUAUUAGACCAGUGAGAUAGAGGAAUAUUUACUAUUACUCAUGCAAAUACCAAAUUUCUUCUAGGUGAUUGAUGUGAAGUGUGGCUGGUAAUAAAUCAAACUGUGACGGAGCACCUGGCACCCCAACCGGGUACCUCCAUCAGUCGCUGCUUCCUAGUACUUGCGAGCAUCAUAAGCACUGCACUGGAACACCAUAACCACCGUAAAUCCCACAAAUCGCCGCAGCUUGGUUGGGGUCUCACUGUCCUCCACCUACCCUGGAUCCAAGACCAGUGGCGUACACAUGACCCAUAGGGCCCCGGUGCGAAAAUGUAUUUGUGGGCCCCCCUCGCGCGGGCUGCGCCGCAACACAUGGCGACGGGCACCUGGUCGCAGGGGUUGCAGGGCUGCGACCCCUGCGACCGCGGUAUGUACGCCAGUGCAUGCGCCUGCACACACUUAAAGGACCACUACAGACACCCAGAUCACAUCAGCUCAAUUAAGUGGUCUGGGUGCCAGGUCCCUCUAGUUUUAACCCUGCAGCUAAAAACAUAGCAGUUUCAGAGAAACUGCUAUGUUUCACUAAGGGUUAAUCCAGCCUCUAGUGGCUGUCUCAUUGACAGCCGCUAGAGGAGCUUCCGCGAUUCUCACUGUGAAAAUCACAGUGAGAAGACAUUGAACAUCCAUAGGAAAGCAUUGAGUAAUGCUUUCAUAUGGGCUGUUUGAAUGUGCGCGCAGCUCUUGCUGAGAGGCGGAAGAAGGUAAGUGCUGAAGACACACACACACUAGCUAACAGACACACACAUUUACUGACAGAGACACAAUCAGCGACAGACAUCCAUACACACUCACUUACAAAACAUACACUCUCACUGACAAACACACACUAACAGACACACAAACACACUCACUGACACUCACUAGCAGACACACACUCAAUAACAGACACACUCACUAGCAGACACACACUCAAUAACAGACACACUCACUGACACUCACUAGCAGACACACACAAACACGCUAACACUAACACACACUUACACUAACACACACUCUAACACUCAUACACACUCUAACACUCACACUAACACACACACUAACACACACACUAAAACACACUAACUUUUAUUUUUUUAAAUUUAAUCCCCCAGCCUCCUAACCUUUUGGAGUGCUGGGGGGGAUUCCCUGGGGUCCAGUGGUGCUGCUGGACUCCUGGGCGGCCGGUCACCAAGCAGGCUGUCUGGGUGGCUAGCGCGCGAGGGAGCACUCUCCCCUGUGUGCUCCCUCUUCAGCUCCCUCGCGCUGCCGCGUACUGAUGCCGGAACCGGAAGAUGACAUCAUAUUCCGGCUCCGGUAUCAGUGCGGUGUGCGAGGGAGCUGAAGAGGGGGUACACAGGGGAGAGUGCUCCCUCGUGGGCUGGCCACCCAGACAGCCUGCUCGGUGACCGGCCGCCCAGGAGUCCAGCAGCACCACUGGACCCCAGGGAAUCCCCCCCAGCACUCCAAAAGGCCACCCAGACAGCUUGCCCGGUGACAGCAGGGCCAGCCUCGGGGGGCCCUGAGGUGGCCGGCUCCUGGGCCCCCCAGGGGAAGAGGCUGGCUCAGUGGCGUACACACCGGGUAGCAGGGGCGGCCGGGCCCCCUGGUGGGCCGGGCCCGGUCGCAGCCGAGACCCCUGCGACCCUGGUAUGUACGCCACUGCCCAAGACCAGGAUCCAGCUUCCAGCGGGUAGACCUCUCCUACUCCAGAGAGCAAAGCAGGCUGCUCUUACAAGAGCAAUCGUUGUGAUCCAAGGGAGUAUAGUGAUUAUAGCAAUCCCCAGAGUGAAUAUAGCUCUCCAAUCCCCCAAACAUGAGCCUAGACUUCCUGAAGGGUACACCUCUGCCUCUCUCAAGAGCCAUACCAAUACUUGUCUGAUUUUAUUGGUUAUGAUUGUUUUUUCUGCUCCCUAACAUUAAAUAUAAUUUUUCAUAAUUGUUUUUUUUUCUAAGUGCCUCACAUAGCUACAUUGAUUGCUAUUAGAGCAUUAGAAAAGCACCUAUGUUUUCUCAGUCAGUUUGUGUGACGUACUGAACCUCGUCACAUGUUUUUGCAGGGGCCUGCUAGCCAGCCUUUUGCCUCAGUACUAUGGGCCCUGCAAUAUAGCUUGCCAUUAAACAGAUUUGUUUUACGUACAAAUAUUGCAGAUAUCAUUUAUUAAAAUUUUAUUUAUUCCACAAUCAGACUUGAGAUAAACAUAUCGUUCAACAUAUAAAUAGAUACAUAUGUGUAGGGAUAAUUGCACAGAAUCAAUAAAAAGAGUAAAUUGUCUUGUUUUUUUAAUUUAAAUUUUACAGCUUACAUCAGCCGUGUUAGAACCUUUAGAGCAACUCUCAAGUUAAACAGAUUCCUGGAAGGAACACAGCAACAACUGAGUGGGAGUUUAAAAAAAAAAAAAAAAAGAGUAUACAUUUAAAUAGAUAAAUCCUAGAGUUAUAAAAGAACAGCUCCAUGAGUUAGACUGAAUUGGGAAAUGAAAAGGAAAUGUAUUUUCCUGGCACUAUAGCUCCCUUCGUCGAGCCCUCCACCACCACACGUGGUGCAGAAGGGGUUAAAAAUAGCUUCUGUCACUUGAUUCCAGCACUGAUGUCCCUUGGCGGUGGGUCAGGUUCCACCUCUGCUCCUCCUGACAUCAGUGGGUCACACUCGCAUUAGUACUUGGGUUUUGGGUGACGCUGGAUGUCCGGCGACCAAAAGUCGCGAACGACCCGGAACUCCUUCUAGUGGCUAUCUGGUAGACAGCCACUAGAGCUGGAGUUAACCCAUAAAGAUAAUUAUUGCAGUUUCUUCAAAACAAAUAAAACAAUUACCUUUGCCGGGUUAAGAGGCCUGGGACAUUGCAGCCAGACUACUUCAAUGAGCUGAAGUGGUCUGGGUGCCUAUACUGAUCCUUUAAAUGAAUGGAGCUUGGAAGUAGCUGGUAACAAGCCUCAGAAUCAUGACAUUUAGAUAUCAUGUUUUUGUAUUUGUUCCUGCUUGCUUGCCUCUGAUUUCUUUGGGAAUGGAUACUACUUACCUGUCUGCAACUGGAUGGUGAUCUGCUGCUUUCCGUAUACCACUAGAAGUUUGUAAGUGAAUUCUAUCAGUAAAAUCUCUGCUGUUUUAUACAUAUUGCACUAUUUGUUUCUUCUGUUUUAAUAUUCAAUGAAUAUCAGAGAGGAGGGUCUCUUUAUAUUACCCCAAGGUGGGGAGAAGUGACUUCAGUAUUCUUACUUCUUGUGAGUUCUCAAGCAAACCCUUCACUUUCACUCUUACUAUUCAGAUUAACACUGUAUAGUUUAUGUUUGUUUUUUUAGAUUCAUUUUGCAAGGAUUUUUUCUAUAUACAAGGUUAUAUUAUUUUUUAAUACAUUGGAGUGUUUUUAGCACUUUGGGAUUCCUACAAAUAUAUGCUUGUUAUUACCUGUUUUUUUAGUGUGUUGUGUGAGGACACAUUUUAGUAAAUUUCCUUUAUCUUGUUUCUUUAUUCACCAGACUCUUUUAGUGAUUUAUGUUACUUGUAAAGUGGCAACUUGCUCCAAAGGUAUGUACAAUAGAUGGACUAGUAGCAACAAGACAAGUUUGAGCAUAUAUGAACAAAAGAUGGGGACCCGACAAACGAGCUUACAUUCUAAGCGUUCUUUUUACAACUAUUGUAGUCAGAUGGGCUAGGAACUGUUAUAUUAUUUUUUUCUAAAUCUUAGAUCACAAUUGCCAAGUAUCACAGCAUAUAGUAGGUAAACUAGUGUCCACAAUAAAUCCAGCAAUUACUAAAAAUAGAUUUUAUUAAUUAUGUUUAAUGCACGGUGGUCCCCAUAGCAUCAACUGCCCAUCCAUUUCUGCUAUUUUUAAUUCAUCAGCUAGAAGAAAGCAUUUCACAUUUAUUUUCAGCAGGCACAUUGAAUAGCUUUCCAUUAUAGGGAAAAGUGUUCUUUAUUAAUAUAAAUCUGUUCAGCGGAUCUCCUGGCUAACCUUUGGUCCUUGGAGAAAGCUACAUUUAAGUCUUCUUACCCAACUAAAGAAUAUGAAGAUACAGGAAGGCUGAUGAUGUAUUUUCCAAAUUCUGAAGGCACCAGAUAUCUCAAUAACACAUUCUGGCCUGGUGUCAUCAAGUGUUUCCUGGCUAAUCAUGGCAGCAUCACUUAUGGGUUAGCUCCACCCUCAGCCGGAUCAGGACAGAAAACAAUCAAACAAUUAAUGAGGCUGUAUGCAUAAAGGGUUCCUCCUCCCUCCAUACCACAGUCUUUUUUCUGUCCUCAGUCGGACAACAGGAAUUUUAUUCUGCAGUCAGAUUUAAUUUUUUGGCCACCUCCCACGUUUACCGUGGGCUUACCAGAUGAAGUUCAGCCUCUCUUCAUCUGAACUCAGUAAUCAGGCUGCACGGGCAGAACUAACUGAGUUUGGUGUGUGCAGUUUAGAUACUGUCCUACAUGAAGAUUCUGUCAAUUAUAAAAGAAGGAUACCUCAUAGAGUUUUCAAGUAUCCCACCACCUACCUUCACGCAAUCUCGCGUUGCAAGAGGGAUAAAAGAAGUAGCUAUGAAGGCUUGUAUCAAGGAACUAAUCCUACAAGAGGUUAUUAUGGAGGUUCCGAAGGCAGAAAAGUUCAAACGCCACUAUUCAACCGUGUUUCUGGCUCCAAAGCCUUUAGGCAAAUGGAGACUGAUUCUGGACCUAAAGGUCUUUGUGACGAGACCAAUCUCGCCACUGUGCAUUGGAGGAGCCUGGUUGCCUGCCUGCUGCCUUUAGACUAUGGCACCAUGUUGAAACGCUUGAUUUUCCCCUGUGAAGACACAAAAGCCGGGUCAUUCUGUGCGUGCCCUGUUUGAGCGGUGAUACCCCAGAUAGCUAUGCCAUGGAGCCCAUUCGUAUAAUGAAAGACUAUGGGAAAGACUUUGGCUCCAUGGCAAUUGAACUGUAUGUGUGUGCUCUGAGCGCCAUUCAGUAAUAAUGUGCGCUCAGAUCUGAGCUAUAUGGGGAUAUGUUGAAUGUACCUGUUUUGUGCAAUGGCUGCACAGUUAUAUGUUUUUAUGUGUUUUAUCGUCUUUUGCUACCAUGUGUUCAAUGGAGUUUUGCCUCUGUCCUUGGAGAUAAUUGGAUUACUUCCCAAUUAUCUCCAGGAUAGAAGACUCUGUGGAACUGGUUUUGGGCAGAAAAGCCAUGCUUCCUUUGGUCACAAAGCACUACGAUCUAUCUUUUGAACCACUGGACCAAUUUGGAUGAUUUUGACAUAUGUUUGUAUUUGGAGUAUGCUAAUUCUGAAAAUGUGAUGCAUACUUUUCAAGUUAUGAAUAAUGUGGAAAAAAAUUAUUUCUCUGCUUGUGCUAAUUACAUUACCCAUUGUGUAAGGUAAUUGUAUCACAGGCAGAGGGGAGGGUUUUGUGUGAGAGUGUCUGAGUGUAUUGUAUGUGUUUAUUGGUUGAGUUCCAAAACCCUGUGGGUGGUACUAAUGUGUAUAUAAGAACAAUAAACCCACAGCUCUGUCUGUUCACUGCUUGACCCUCAACAGAGCUUUGUCUCAUUCUUGGGAGGAUUUAUUGUAUGCUGUUCCAGUUCGACUGCUAGGAGUGUAAACCUAUUCGUAUGGUUUUUCCUAUUCGGCUGUUUACGGAAUUCAUAUGGUUUCCUGUUCGGCGGAUUGGUGUUCUGCAGUAGCUGUGCCUGUGUCUCUGGAAUGGAAGAGCUACUAAACGGCGGUUUAACCCUUUUAUGCUGAGGGUGCCGUUACAAUUGGUAGCAGCGGUGGGAUCGUUCCUACAGCCAGAAGGACAGCUACAAGAGACACCAUUUAUUUGGAUUUACAAGUGGGGGCAACGCAUGUCCCAGUACAGCGACCCUAAAAGCAACAGAAUGGAACCAGCAGUGUUAUACGAGGAGGAGGACCUGGAUGGCCGGGAUGCAUUAAGGAAAGGCAUCUGGUACCAGGCCCUGGAUAAUGUACAAUACCAGCGGGGUGAGAGUCUCCCCAGUGACUGCUUGACCCUCAACACAGAGCUUUGUCUCGUUCUUGGGGGGAUUUAUUGUAUGCUGUUCCAGUUCGACUGCUAGGAGUGUAAACCUAUUCGUAUGGUUUUUCCUAUUCGGCUGUUUACGGCAUUCAUAUGGUUUCCUGUUCGGCGGAUUGGUGUUCUGCAGUAGCUGUGCCUGUGUCUCUGGAAGGAAAGAUCUACUAAACGGUGGUUUAACCCUUUUAUGCUGAGGGUGCCGUUACAGUCUUAAACUCCUACCUACAGACCAAGUCAUUCAGGAUGGAGUCCAUUUCCAGUAUUGUCUGCAACAUAAAGAAGUGAAGUUGGACGACAUCCAUAGACCUCAAGGACGCAUAUUAUCAGAUUCCCAUUCACCCAGCACAUGUAAAGUUUUUGCGUUUUUACAUAUGGGGGAAGCAUUACCAAUUCAGGGGACUUCCCUUUGGGCUCAGUCUAGCUCCAAGGACGUUCUCGAAGGUUCUCAUUACUUUGGUUGCUUUUCUAAGGUUGCAGAGAAUAGAGAUUUUCCAUUACCUCAACGAUAUUCUUAUCGUGGGUUCCUCGGCCCAGGAAGUUACUUCAGACUCAAACUGCUAUUCACUGUCUACAGGCUCACGGAUGGAUGCUGAACUUAGGGAAGAGCUCUCUGAUCCCAUCCCAAAAGAUUAUUAUUAUUUUCCCUGGGGGCAAAGAUAGAUACUGCUGUAGCAACUCUCUCCCUUUCGCCAGAAAGAAUGACAAAGAUUUUGGAUAUACAAGACUGUCAGACCCUUUCUGCCAGAAGCUAUAUGAGCCUCUUGGGGUCCCUGACAUCCAUGAUAGGACUGGUAAGAUGGGCCCAUUGGGAAAUUUUACCUAUCCAGAUCAGGUUUCUGCGGCAGUUCAGCAAGCACAAGCCGAACUCGGAUCAAGAAAUUGUCCUUAUGAAGUAUGCAAAGGAUCAGCUGAAGUGGUGGAGGAACAUGAAGAAUCUGAGUUGGGGUUUUCCAUUGGAGGAACCAAACUGGUUAGUAGUUUCAACGGACGCAAGCUUACAAGGAUGGGGAGCUCAUCUGGGGUCUCUUUGGAAGCAGGGAAGGUGGUCCAACACAGAGAGAGAAAUGCAUUCAAACUUAAAAGAGUUGAGAGCAAUUCUCAAGGCCCUUCAAGGGUUUCUUCCCUUAAUACAAGAUGCUUGGAUUACAAUUCAGACAACAGGGCAGUGGCGUCAAACGUGAACCACCAAGGUGGUACUCGGAGCAAGCUUCUGUUGAGGGAACUGACUCCUCUUAUGUCUCUGGCACAGAAUCAUCUUCAGGGAUUAAAAGCAGUAUAUCUACCAGGUCCUCAAAAUAUUUUGGCAGAUUACCUGAGCAGAUCAAGCAUUCUACCAGGAGAAUGGAAGCUACACACAGAAGUAUUCCAAGCAAUUACCCUUCGGUGGGGCAUACCCUAGAUCGACUUAAUGGCUACGGACAGGAACACUCAGGUCCCAAAGUACUUCUCUCUUCUUCCAGACCAUCGGGCAAUGGGUCAGGAUGCCUUGUCUCAAAUAUGGGAUUUCGAUCUGGGAUAUGUGUUUCCUCCCUUACCAAUAAUUCUUCGCUUACUAAAGAAAAUUUAGAUGUAGAAGUGAUAAUAGCUAUCAUCCUGUUCUGACCAAGGAGGCUCUGGUUCCCUCUCCUGUGCAAAAUGUCCUUGGAGGAACACUGGCGGCUUCCAAUCAGGAACGAUCUGCUAAGGCAGGGUCCUGUCUACCAUCUCAACUCUGUACAACUGAGAUUGGGGGCCUGGCUUUUGAAAGGGAACGGCUCCUGCAAACAGGAUUGUCUGAGGCAGUAACUAAUAUGCUUCUUCUGUCUAGGAAGAAAUCUACGUCUAAGUGUUAUCACUGUAUAUGGGAGUCAUUUAAGUCCUGGAAUCUUAACAAAGGUCUAGACGUCUUGAACCCUGAUCAGAACCAGAUUUUGGAGUUCUUACAGGCGGGAUUGGAUAAUGGUUUAAGCCUGAAUACCUUGAAGGUGCAGUGUUCUGCACUAUCGGCCCUCUGUAACUACUCUUGGGCUUCAAAUCCCCUGAUUACCAGGUUCUUUAAGGCUACUGUUCGCAUUAGACCCCCUCUGCGCAACUAUGCUCCUCCAUGGGAUCUUCCUCUGGUCUUGGAUGCCUUGUCCGAAAUUCCUUAUUCUCCUCUAGAGAACUUGGAUUUCUCUUCUCUCACGUACAAAACUCUGUUUUUGUUGGCUGUUACAUCAGCCAGAAGAAUCUCGGAGGUGAGAGCUCUCUCCUGUGCAGAGGAAUAUAUACAGGUUUUCCACGACAAAGUGGUUUUAUGUCUGAAAAUGGAAUUCCUUCCUAAAGUUGUCUCAAAAUUUCACUUACACCAGGAGAUCGUUCUGCCUUCUUUUUUUCCUGAACCUUCCUCGUAUCUGGAGGUGAAGCUUCAUAAUCUGGAUAUUAGCGAAUAUUUGAUCAGGUAUUUGUCUGUUUCUGUUUUAAUUCAUAAGACGGAUCAUUUGUUCAUUAUUCCUGAAGGCUCCAGGAAAGGUGAAGCUGCUUCCACUUCUACACUACGGAUUUCCAAUAUCAUCACUAAAGCUUACUCUCUGAAAGGUGUUUCUCCUCCGAAACGGAUUAAAUCUCAUUCGACUAGGUCUUUGGCUACUUCAUGGGCUAAUUGGGCAGAGGUGUCUCCUGAUGACAUCUGCAAGGCAGCAACGUGGUCUUCUCCUAUGACCUUCAUUAAACAUUAUAGGCUGGAUGUAGCCUCUUCUUCUACUAAGUUUGGCAGAAGCGUGUUGGCUUCUAUUAGUACGGCAAAAUAAAAUUAUGUGUUAUUGCAGUUAAUAAGUGUGGAUUACUUUUCCCAACCCUUCUAGCUAGUAUGCUUGGGUAUUAGCCAUAAGUGAUGCUGCCAUGAUUAGCCAGGAAUACCGAAAUUUUAUUUCAUACUUACCAGUAAAUUUGUUUUCCUGGCUAUUUCUCAUGGCAGCAUCAGGUUCCCGCCCUGGGUUUUGUCUGAGCUUUUUAAUUGGACUGUGGUAUGGAGGGAGGAGGAACCCUUUAUGCCUACAGCCUCUUUAAUUGUUUAAUUGUUUUCUGUCCUGAUCCGGCUGAGGGUGGAGCUAACCCAUAAGUGAUACUGCCAUGAGAAAUAGCCAGGAAAAUAAAUUUACUGGUAAGUAUGAAAUUAAAUUUUGGUAUUUUUUGCACACAUCCUCUGGUCAGUUAAGUGGUGCUUUUGACCAAACAGGACCAUGCGGGCAUAAAAAAUGGCCAUCGCCAUGGAGCAAAGGUAAGCCAGAAUAUGCAACAAAAAAAAGUAGGAAUGCAUUUCAAGCAGUCACAGUAAAUUUAAGAUACAAAAUCCAAACUGCAAAAAAAAGCUGAAUUUGAGAAUUUUCCAGCUACAUUUCUGAGGCAUACAUUUUGUAAAGCAGUUUGUACUUCUCUAAAUGUGGCAUACUUUAUUUGGUAUAGUGAUUCUUUGUGUCCGAAUUAAUAAAUAAUGUCAGAGGUGCAGUGGUGCCACUGGUAAAUAAUGGAAUGUCUGGAAUGUGUCUACUGGAAUAUGUCUGCAGCUGAUUCUAGCGUUUGAAGCAGACCUUUCGCUUAGAACAAAAACAAUGUUUACAUUAAUCACAAGUACAAAGAAAGAAUACUCUGUAUGUUGUGUUGACAGUAUAAGCACUUAAAUUGUAACCUUGUAUCUGAUACACCAUCAUGCAAACAAAGCAAUCCUACAUUUUUAUUUAAUUAUUUAUGUUGCUAAAUGUAUGAUUACUCAAAAAUCUAAUAAAUGCACCAUAUCCCAUCCCCCUGGCUUUUGACUGAUAACUUCCUUCUGCGAUAGCAUGGUAUGUUUACCUGAAUGUACCUGACUAAGUCCUUAGCACACUCCCCCCUAGCAUCACCUCUCUAACUGAUCCUUGGAUUAUUUCUUUACAAUUCAUGCCACCUCACAAUGCCUUUCUUGACCUUCUUCUCUUCUCAGUCAUUACUCCAAUAAUUACAACUUUUGCUCCUCUGAAUUCGUACCCAGUCUUUUCAGAUGACGUUCAGAUUCUCUCUGUAUCCCCAUAUUAUACAUCCCUCCUCAUUAUCACCUGCAUCUGGUGAUACCUUCAUAAUCUGCUUACCCAGGAACUUUCCUAGGAACUUUCUGUUGCUGUCAUCAAUAAUUACCCUGCAAAAGAGAAAAGACAAAAUAGAUUUUUGGAUUCUAAGCUGAGCAUAAAGAGUUUGAAAGGGUUACCCCAACCACCAUGACCACUUCUGCGUUUAGAAGUGGUCAUGGUGGUAGGAGUCUGUAUGUCGAGCGUUUCAAUUGGAAACACUGCACAAACAGAGAAAUAUGCAGUUUUGUACUGGCAGCUAAUUGCAGGCUGCCUAAUGUGAAUUCUGUGCAAAAACUACGUCUGUUGUCAGUGCAUUAUUUAUUGUAUUUAUUUAUAAAAUAUUUUACCAGGAAAGAUACAUAGAGAUUUCUCUUGUUUUCAUCUAUGUCCUGGGUCCACAAAACAUUGCAUUGAUACAAUAGGGUACAAUAAAAUACAAAAACAAUAUUAAUAUACAAUAUAUACAAAAUGUAACAGUUGGGAAAUAUAUAAUCAACCAUGACAGGUGCAUUCUAUUUUGAGGUAUGUAGAGAGGGAUCUCUUAAAGGACUUUAGGCUUGGGGAAGGUUUGAAAGUCUGCGGGAGGUCGUUUCAUAAUUGUGGUACUCUGUAGGAAAAGGAGGAUCAGGUUUAAAGUCCCCUCCCUCCUUGCUGCACUCCCUUCCAUAAAGCGGCAGUAUUUAAAGAGACAAACGGAUCGGACUUGAUGACAUCAGUGACAUGUCAAUGAAGGGGCAUGCCUGAUUUCCCGUCCCUAUGUAAAUCCCUCUUGAGUACAGCAGUACCACAUAUACGUUCUUGUGUUCUUUAAAGUAUCAGCCACUAUACAGUGUGUUUAUUCAUUGACUCCAAAGUGUACCAAACCCCUGAUUGUGACUCCUACUACGAACCUGUGUGCUUGGACCCAGCUAAUUUUCUGGAAUAAUGACUAUGUCUUUGCCUUUUCCCAUUCUAAAAAAAAAAGCCCAGUGUUGCCAGUCAGCUAUAUAGUUGCCUUGUACCCUACCAGGCCUCCUGGUUAGUAGUGUAUUGCAAGGGUGUGCUAGACUUCACACUUCAAACUCACAUCACCAAACCUGACAGGAACUUGGAAACCAAAAACAGUUUUUUGCAAAUGUCGUUUUUUAUAAACUGUGAAAGACAAAGUUUGUUAGCUGAAGCUACUCUUGUUACCAUGUAGACAAACACAUCAGAGUGACUAUAAUAAAAAAUCCUGUAUAAGAGAUGUUACGAACGCUGGUAGUUAUGGUACCUUGCUCGCCUAUUCCUCCCGAACUGCUGAGCCUUAGUGAUUAUAGCUGCAGUUCGGGUGUAGAUACGAAUAGUUCCAGACGAAUGCAGCUUCCAAGAAGUUUCUCCCUAGCCAGUAGAUAGUUACCCAAACAUGAGCCUAGACUGUAUGAAGGGUACAACAGGAAUAAUGGUUCAUUGAUGCCACACUGGCUUUUAUGCAAGUCCUCAUGCAAGGGGAACUCCCACCUGGACCUUGUGGGGCACCAGGACACAAAAGUUACAGCCAAAAGCAUUACAUUGAUAAAGUGAAACACUCCCACUGCAAACAUAGAUUCCCCUCCUCUCUGCCUGUGAGAUAAUUAGGUAAGCUAAUGGGUAAUCCAGUUAUCUCCAGGCAGAAAAAAACAUAUUUUCCCCAAAAGUUGGAACGUACCCUAAAACACAUCAUAUCCCCAUAAGUGACAUAUCCUCUGAUAGCCGUGAUCUGGAUGACCAACAUAUUAAAAAAUCACCCAGAUCGGUUCAGGGGUUUUCGAAUUGUAUGGAAGUCUCAUUUCACCGACCGCACACGAGGCUCCUGCCCAAAACAGUUUCAUGAGUUCAGUCUGUACGGUCGGCCUGUUUCGAUAAAGUCAAAUAAACUAAUGUCAAAUAAACUAACGAAUGGAGCCCCCUGGCUCAUAGGAGAUAUUGUUCCCCUUGUUUGUUGGAUUAAACUACCGAACGGUGCUCUCCUAGCUGUUUGUAUAAAGGAAGCAAGCGUUUGUAUGUUUUUAGUGAUGUUAGGGAAGUUGAGUGUCCAAUAUUAGUUCCAGACACUUGACGACCAAGUCCCGCUACCUCCUUUCGUGCAAACAAGAUGGCCACUGUUUUCUCUUCGACGUGGCAUUCGUCUAUACGAACGGCGGCCACCCAGAGAGGGCGCUCAAUCAACAGUUUCCUUUGUAGAUAAUGAGCCAGGGGGUGGUCGGUGUUCAGUAGUUUCAUCUACUGAACUAACAAAACAUAAAAGUAUCGAAUGGCCUUACAAAGUCUCAAAUGAAAAGUCUAUUUUCUUCACAAGAGACACACAGUAUGUAGUAAUCAGAUCAUUACAGAGCUAAGGGUGUUCAGAACCAGAUGACGUCACUCCAACUUGCCAUGAAACCUAUUCUAAUGAGUCAUCAUGUCUGAAAGAUUGCAACAAAGUCUCACCAUGGCCAAUGCUCUAUCUUCUUCGGCAUUGAGUGAAGCACUCUGUAUAAGAGUCCCUGCCAUUCUACUACCCAUCAUGGGAAGGUGGGUAUUUUGCAUAUAACCCUUCAAACUCCACAUGACUGUACACUAAACACUAUUUUCCUUUUGCCUCAAUUUUAACAAUUUAAAAUGUAAGCACUCAAUGCCUAAACCUGAAACAAAACCCUUUAUUUUCCUCCUUGGUUUAACUAAUCUUAAGCAUAGAACACACAAUGUACCCUAACACUAAACUUAAAGGAACCCUAUAUUGUCAGGAAUACAAACAUGUAUUCCUGAUGCUGUACUUGGAAAAUUGAUGUUAAGAUGACCAGCCCCCAGUGGUUUUACUUACCUUUUUUCCAGAGUCACGCUAGCCUUGUCACAGCUGGCCCCACCAUCUUGACUAAGAUCAAAGUUUGAUGAUCUUUUAGGAAAGCAUUGAGAGGUAAUUGCACAUGCGUGGCAAACUGCUGCAUGCGCCAAUUAGCAACACCUCAUCAUUUCUAUCAUAUAAGUGGUUAUGCUAUGACAACUUCAGAGAAAAAAAAUACAUAGAACUCAUAGCUAACUUGUUAUCUAAAUAUUACCUGGUUAUUGGAUUAUGCAAGCUUGUUUAACCCUUCUCAAUAUUUUAUUUGUACUACAUAUCUAUUUUUUAUCAAAUUAUUUUGUCAGUCAUUCAUUUAACACUGAGUGGUUUUGGGGUUUUUUGGUUUUUUUUUUUUGCAGUUGUUAUUUUUACAGUAUUCCUUCCUUUUUGGAGGCCAAAUAAAUAAAAAAGAGGAAUGUUUGGACACCAUCUACAAUGUGGAAAGUGAGCUUGUUUGGGAAAAAAAAUGUCCUUAAGAUAGUUGAGUUUGCAAUUAAUACUUGCCUUUUAUUAACCCCUUCAAAACUGCCGACUUAUAGGGUAUGUCAAAACUACUUUUUAAACUCAUGACUAUUGACGAACCCUGUACAGUGAUAUUUUGGUGUGGUUUUAAAAAGCUAGUUGCUACUAUGACAGAAAUAGUAUAAGAGUUAAAUAGAGGUCUCUCCAGGCAGGCAAUUGUGACAUCUCAGUCAUCAGCCAAGGCCUUGUAAGCAAUGUGAGUGUCCCCCAGGAUGACCAGUCAGCAUGGGUGGAAGUGUACUAAACAGUUAAUUGUUAGGGUUUUUAGGGUUCGCAUGCACUAACCUACCAAACAGUGAAUGGUUUGGGUUAGAUAGGGUUAGGACUGGGCAGGGAUAGGGUUACAGUUAAGCCACGGUUAGAUACAGCAUCAAAAUUUGAUGACAACCAGUAUGGUGGGAAGCUAGCAAAGAAAAUAUUGCCCAUCUCUAUCAUGACCCAAUAAAUUCCCACUAAACCUGGCAAAUGUAUACAUGUGGUGUGUAUGUGUAAAGCAUAAUACAAAUAUGUGGUCUUUGAACUAGCAAAACCCACGGUGUUUGAAAUUCAUUAUGAAAAUUCAAUAUGUAUGUGACAAAAAACAUAACAUGGCUGCAAAUGGGCCGAGUCGUUAUAGAAUGACUGGUUGACAAAACUAAGGCUCCCCACAUUAAUAAUGCUCUUGUUGAGCUGUAUUGUGGGCAGAAAAAUGACAGCAGUAACUUACUGAAGCUCACUCCAGCUGGACUUAUAUCUGAUUUCUCCAUGUAUUUACAUACUGAUCCAUCCAGUAGAUUAGGCAUUCAUUCAUUACACUGAAGACAAGGUGUUCCACUCACCCUUUUAAAUGCAAAUUUAAAAAUGUGUUAAUAUGUACCAAAACAACAGCAAUAUAUCAACUGUCUCACAGAGGGUGCUUUUGUCAAGGUUAUCAACAUACAAAACAAACCCAAACAAACAAACAAAAUAAUGCAUGCCUAAGAAACAGAAACAAUGGGGCAAAAGAUUUUAAUGCAGUAACUGCAUUUUUUAAAACGAACCACAGUUUGUAGAAAUGCAAAUACAGUUGCAAGAAAAAAGUAUGUGAACCCUUUGGAAUGAUAUGGAUUUCUGCACAAAUUGGUCAUAAAAUGUGAUCUGAUCAUCAUCUAAGUCACAACAAUAAACAAUCACAGUCUGCUUAAACUAAUAACACACAAAGAAUGGAAUGUUGCCAUGUUUUUAUUGAACACACCAUGUAAACAUUCACAGUGCAGGUGGAAAACGUAUGUGAACCCCUAGACUAAUGACAUCUCCAAGAGCUAAUUGGAGUGAGAUGUCAGCCAACUGGAGUCCAAUCAAUGAGAUGAGAUUGGAGGUGUUGGUUACAGCUGCCCUGUCCUAUAAAAAACAAACACCAGUUCUGGGUUUGCUUUUCACAAGAAGCAUUGCCUGAUGUGAAUGAUGCCUCGCACAAAAGAACUCUCAGAAGACCUACGAUUAAGAAUUGUCUACUUGCAAAAAGCUGGAAAGGGUUAUAAAAGUAUCUCCAAAAGCCUUACUGUUCAUUAGUCCACGGUAAGACAAAUUGUCUAUAAAUGGAGAAAGUUCAGCACUGCUGCUACUCUCCCUAGGAGUGGCCGUCCUGUAAAGAUGACUGCAAGAGCACAGUGCAGACUGCUCAAUGAGGUGAAGAAGAAUCCUAGAGUGUCAGCUAAAGACUUACAAAAGUCACUGGCAAAUGCUAACAUCCCUGUUAGCAAAUCUACAAUACGUAAAACACUAAACAAGAAUGGAUUUCAUGGGAGGAUACCACAGAGGAAGCCACUGCUGUCCAAACAAAACAUUGCUGCACGUUUACAGUUUGCACCUGGAUGUUCCAAAGCAGUACUGGCAAAAUAUUCUGUUGCACAGAUGAAACCAAAGUUGAGUUGUUUAGAAGUAACAGUAAAUCAACAACAGAAUGGCUUAAACAGAAGAAAAUACGCCUUCUGAAGUGGCCCAGUCAGAGUCCUGACCUCAAUCCGAUUGAGAUGCUGUGGCAUGACCUCAAGAAAGCGAUUCACACCAGACAUCCCAAGAAUAUUGCUGAACUGAAACAGUUCUGUAAAGAGCAAUGGUCAAGAAUUACUCCUGACCAUUGUGCACGUCUGAUUUGCAACUACAGGAAACGUUUGGUUGAAGUUAUUGCCAGGGCCGGACUGGCCCACCGGGAUACCGGGAAACUUCCCGUUGGGGCGGGGCACCUGGGGGCUGCUCCUCCUCCUUCAGCCAUCAGCAACAGCAGUGACAGGAGUGCCGCCGGACCGGCGAUGCUGCCACCCGGCCUGGCGGCUCCAGCCUGGAACGCGGCCCCUGACUUCUCUAGGUAAAUGGGGGGGGAUAAAACAGAGAGGAGAGAGAUGGGGAGAGACACAGGGAAAGGGGGGAGGGAGAGAGACGUGGAGGAGGGGGAGAGACACAGGAAAAGGGGGAGGGAGAGAGAUGGAGAGAGACACAGGGAAAGGGGGGAGGGAAAGAGAUGGGGAGGAGGGGAGAGACACAGGGAAAAGGGGAGGGAGAGAGAUGGGGAGGAGGGGAGAGACACAGGGAAAGGGGGGAGGGAGAGAGAUGGGGAGGAGGAAGAGACACAGGGAAAGGGGGUGAAAGAGGCAGAGGGGGAAGAGAGAGACAAAGAGGGAGAAAUGAGAGAGAGACACACAAGGGGAGGGGAAGAAAGAGGCAGAGGGGGAAGAGAGAGACUGGGAAGGAGAGGGGAUACAUUGACACAGAGGAGCAGUGAGGGGGAGAAAGAAACAUACAGAGGGACUGGGGGAGACAAAAAGGCACACAGAGGGGCUGGAGAUAAAGAGACACACAUAGGGGCAGUAUAUAUCACUGGUGGAUGGGGGGGGCAAUGGGUCCCCCCCCAAGGCUUUCCCCUGCCGGCCGAUCUCCCUCCCCGUUCCACAGGCACCGUGCAGCCAGUCGGCAGGGGAGGAAGAGAGGACCUGGGGCAACGCUCCGGCUCUCACAAGGGUGAACUCUAGCCCUGGAGCUACGGGCUAGAGUUCACUCUCACCACUUCCUGGUGGUCGCAGUAGUAGGAGUGAACUCUAGCCCCAUACACACACUGCUCACACACACACUGCCCACAUACACACCGUACACAUUCACACACUGCCCCCACACACACACAACAUACACAUUCACACACUGCCCCCCCACACACACACCAUACACAUUCACACACUGCCCCCCACACCCACACACUGAACCUUUCACACACAUUGCACCCCUCACACAUUGCACCACUGCUCCUAUUCCCUACUACAGCCCCAUAUCCCAGCAGACUCCAGGUAAGUUGUCAAACUGUUCUUAAAAGGUUUGACUACUUACUCUGGGAGGGUGUGCCGACACUCCUGGCACCAUAACCACUACACAGAGGAGUAGUGGUUAUUGUGCAUGGAAUAUUUCUUUAAAUAAUCUACAAGUGCCCCUCCCGUGCUCAGGCUCUGGAUCCGCCACUGGUAUAUGACAUGUAUAUUAAUGUGUGUAUUAGAUAUAUAUAUAUAUAUAUAUAUAUACCUAUUAUAUUUACUCAUAUUAAUGUACAUUUAUAUAUGCAUAAUACAAAGAGAAAUUUCAUUAAUAUGUACCAUAUGUAAUGAGCAGAUAUUGGCCCAGUCUUGUUGCUAGGUGCAUACUCCAGCACAAUAACAUAUUUAAAGUGAAUAGCACACCCACAGGACUUCAAAAUAAAAAAAAAUUCAGUUGUGCCCUACAUACAUUCACCAUUUCAGUCCCAUUAACAAGCUUUCCUUAAUAUGUCAAGGUAGUUGGACUGAAACAUUGAUUACAUGCAAAGGCACGCCUGCUUAAAAUAAAUCUGCACUUUUGUUUAUUUUGAAGCCUAUGAGUGCGCUUUUUACGUUGAAGUAUUUUUUAAUUUUAAGUUAUCUGUUCUAACUCUGUAUCUGCGCACUAUGCUGGCGCGACGCAUUAUGGGGCUGGUAAAUAUUUUUUUUCCACGGCUGCUUUUAAUUCCCAGUCCGGCCCUGGUUAUUGCUGCGAAAGGAGGUUCAAUCCAAGGGUUCACAUACUUUUUCUACCUGCACUGUGAAUGUUUACAUGGUGUGUUCAAUAAAAACAUGGCAACAUUUCAUUCUUUGUGUGUUAUUAGUUUAAAGGACCACUCUAGGCACCCAGACCACUUCAGCUUAAUGAAGUGGUCUGGGUGCCAGGUCCAGCUAGGCUUAACCCAUUCUUUUAUAAACAUAGCAGUUUCAGAGAAACUGCUAUGUUUAUGAAUGGGUUAAGCCUUCCCCCAAAGCCUCUAGCGGCUGUCUCAUUGACAGCCACUAGAGGCGCUUGCGUAAUUCUCACUGUGAUUUUCACAGUGAGAGCACGCAAGCGUCCAUAGGAAAGCAUUGAUAAUGCUUUCCUAUGUGACUGGUUGAAUGCGUGCGCAGCUUCUGCCAUGCGUGCGCAUUCAGCCAACGGGGAGGAACGGAGGAGGAAAGCUCACCGCCCAGCGCUGGAAAAAGGUAAGUUUUUACCCCUUUCCCCCUUCCAGAGCUAGGCGGGAGGGGGACCCUGAGGGUGGGGGCACCCUCAGGGCACUAUAGUGCCAGGAAAACUAGUGUGUUUUCCUGGCACUAUAUUGGUCCUUUAAGCAGACUGUGAUUGUCUAUUGUUGUGACUUAGAUGAUGAUCAGAUCACAUUUUAUGACCAAUUUGUGCAGAAAUCCAUAUCAUUCCAAAGGGUUCACAUACUUUUUCUUGCAACUGUAUUGUAUUGAAACAGAAACAGCUGCAGUGUACUUAAAUCAUACAAAUACAAUGCAUGUAAUGGUACAAGAAACAAUCAAAACGAUGGCUAAUUAAAAACUAAAUAAAAACUCACUAAAUUCACUAAGGUCCGAAUGGCCCUGUACCGGAUGGGGCAAAACUAUUCGGCUGCAUAUGGGGGUCAUUCGGACUGCAUAAUACACAUAUUGUUCAUGCAAUUUAAAGCGACACUCCAAAUAAAAACUUGCAUGUAUUUAAUUGUGCAUUUUUUCAUUGGCAGUAUAUCUAAAAACAGAUUGUAAAACCUGUUUUCUCUGCUGCCUUUGCAAGCCGUCCUAACCCCACCCAGACUUUCUGUGGCUGUCCAGUCCAAUGCAGCUCAAUGAGAAGUCUUUGUAAGGCAGGUGCUCUGAGCAAUUGCUUCCUCUUGAGGUUAGAUCCACCGAACUAACCAAACCAGGAAGUAGCAGGACCUGUUGUCUGCUUGAAAGUCACUGGUGUGUGACCAGGUUAUUUGUAAAAGUGUCAAUUUCUAUUGAAAUGUGAACUUUUUGUAAAAUGAAAAAAAAGAGGACACAAUCACACUACAAGUCUAUAAGACCCCCUAUAUUACGAUAAGGGAGGUUUUAAUCCUGUCUGAAAAAAUAUUUAAAAAUGUUUGGAUGUAUUGUUAUAUAUUUUUUUAAAGUUUAUCCAAAAAAUUAAUAUCAUUUGAAACGCUUAUUCAAAAAUAUUAAAUCGAAACCUAUAUCAGAAAAAUGCAAAAACAGUUUUUUUCAUAAACUAGUCAGGAAAUAAUGUAUCCAUAUCUGGCAGGGAUUUUUUUGCACAUUCUGAGGGCAAUUUCAAAACCAUACCCAACAAAUUAUAGAAGCAAACAAUACUGGAAUGAUAAAUCUUUAUCAAGGUGUUCGCGAGAAUAAAAUCCAGGACAAGAAAAAACCAAUUCAUUUGGGCACUGCUUUCCACCGUAACACAAACACAACAGGGCAACUCACUAUUUGACUGAAACAAUCUCUUGCAGGGUGUAUGGUAGCGAGAGACAGGAACUGUUAAUCUGGAACUACUUUUGCAGAGUUAUUCAAUACACCAGGAAUUUGGAAGAGUUGACAAAUUGCAAAUUGUAGGUCACAAAACCCAAAUUGCGUUAUAUAUUUGAGUUGGAAAAUAUUUUAAUUUCAUGUAUUUUAAUCUAGAAUUUCCAUUGCCAGAUACUUUUGAAAUUAGAGAUGAACUUUGUUUUAAUCACAAAAUUCUAAAUUUAAUAAGGUAAAUUUAUAGAAAACCAUCCCAUAGAUACUGGGGCAGUUUGGAAAAAGCUUGCCGAAGUGUUUUAUGUAUGAUGAGUGUGUGUUCUCUUUUUUUUAAAUUUUACAAAAAGUACCGCAAAAUAAACCGUCAGUUUUAUAAAUGAACCGUGUUAAACCCCUCUGGCUGUCAAUUAGACAGCCAGGCCUGUUACUUCCUGGUUGGUUAGCUCUGUGGAGCUAAACUCAGAAGGCAGCAAUUGCUCAGAGCACCUGCUUUGCAAAGAUCUCUCAUUGAGCUGCAUUGUAAUGUCUGUCAUUGAAAAGACACAGGACGUCUGGGCUGCUGAAGAAGGGGAGGGCUUGCAAAGACUGCAGAUAAAAUAUCUGCAGCCUUUGCAAGCUGUUUUAGAUAUAGCUCAAUGUAAAAAUGCAUAAUUAAAUGCAUACCUUUCAUUGAGGGUAUAACUACUAAACAGUGUUUUUUGUUUUAUUUAAACUUGUGUUUGGGCAGGGAAGUAUCUAUUUAAUAUCCUCUCUUUUUUCAAAACUGCCACAGAAUUAUUCAAAUGAGUUUCAAAAUAAAUGUGAACCCAGAAGACCCCAUUCUACCCAAGAAUGGAACUUGCAUAAUGGUGUUAAAGUUCUAGGCAUGUCUUAAAAAAUAAUAUCAUAUCAUAUAAUCAUGUCACAGUCUAAAUUCUUGUAUAGUGUUUCAAACUAUGGGUGGAGUGCUUAUUUACAGUCAGUACAUUGCAUGCAAUAGUGAUUCAAUCAUGAGUGCAAAUACCUGUAUAAAGUGCUAUAUAUAUUUUAAAAUCAAUAAUAAAACACACAUUAAAGGGAUACUAUAGUCACCCAGACCACUUCAUCUCAAAAAAAACAUGGCAGUGAAACAUGGCAGUUUUAGAGAAACUGCAAUAAUUACAUUGCAGGACUAAUACUGCCUCUAGUGGCUGUCUAUCAGAUAUCCACAAGAGGCACUUCCUGGAUUCUAGCGGACUCUGAGUGCCUUACACGACGCUGGACGUCCUCACACUAUGCAUGCUUUUCUAUAAAACCUUAUAGAAAAGCAUUGAGGCAAUACGUUCCUAUGGGGAGGGCCUAAUGCGCAUUAGAGAAGGCGGAAUACGACCAAGCAUGGAGGGACAUCUGCGCUGGAAUCGGGUGAGUAAAUAAAGGGUUUUUACACCCUUUAUCUGCUAUUGGGAGGUGGGCGGCGAAAGGGAGGGGGUGGUCAGAGUGCACUAUAGUGUUAGGAAUACAGAUUUGUAUUCUUAGGUCUGCUCCAUUUCCUGUGUCAGAGAUAGUACUCACCCUGAUCAACACAGGAAAUGGAGCGGACAUAAGCUCCUCCUUUGGUCAAAUAAAGUAAAUCGUAGGAAAAAUACAUAAGACAAAGUAGUCCCUCACUUUGUCUUAUGUUUUAAAGGAACACUAUGGUCACCAAUACAACUUUAGCUUAACAAAGCAGUUUCUGUGCAUAUUUCAUGCCUCUGAAGUUUCACUGCUCAAUUCCCUUCCAUUUAGGAGUUAAAAAACGUUGUCUCUGUUUAUGCACCCCUAACAACACCUGCCCUGGCUGUGAUUCACACAGCCUGCAUGAAAAAAAAUCUGGUUUCAUUUUCAAUCAGAUGUAUCUGAAUAGAUAAACUAGAUCAGAAAUAAAGAAAGAAGAAUAGAUUCUAAUAUAAAAAGAGAAGAGGAAACAAUAGGAGAAAGAUAAGCUGGGCAAGACAGUGCCAGUUUAAGAGAACCAUGUUCCCCAUUUAUUCAUGUAUUUUUGUUCAAUAUUAGUUAUAAGAAAUAUUUAUUAACCGGAAAGUAUAUCAAUAGAAUGCAGAAUUCAGCACAUAAUAUAACCACCAAAAUAUCCUCUAAAGCAGGGGUUCCCAACAAAUGCCUGGUGAGCCGCGAUGGCCAUGUGCCAGCAGGGGAAAUCACAGGAACUCCCCUGCAAGCUCAUGCAGAGCCAGCGCUAUCCGAGCGCCGGCCCUGCUGUGUGUGCCUUCAUGGGCCGGUGGGGAAAUCAAAGAACUCCCUCACUGGCCCACUUCCCUCCCUCUCAUGCAGGCGGCCUGCAUGAGAGGGAGGGAGGGAAGGAGGAGCCGAGAGGCAGAAGGUUCCUCCCACGAACUGGGCAAUACAGAGCGUUGCCGUGGGUUACCGCGAGAGGACUGGACUCUGCCUGCAGCCAGAGGAGCAGCAGGCAGACUAGUCUUGCUCAUCUCCACCUGACCACCAGGGCAAUGUCCCCUCUCCCUGAGGAAAAGGUAAGCAGAGGGGAGAGGGGACAUAAAGGUUAUUUAUGCUUUUUCUUAUUUUAUUUUUUUAAAUAGUAAUAAAAAAAAUAGAUUAAUUACCACUAAUCCCCCCAACCCCCAAUAUAUAGACCCACACAGUCACACACAAACACGAUACCCAUCAACCACACACAGCACCCCUCACAAACACCCAAAGCACCCCUCACACACAUAAACACACCUCACACACAGCACCCCUCACACACACAAAAACCCCUCACACAUAGCACACCUUACAAACACAUCACCCCUCACACACACAAACACCCCUCACACACAGCACACAAACACACAUACAAACACCCCUCACUCACAGCACACCUCACAAACACAGCACCCCUCACACACACACAGAGUAUUACUCAAACACAGCACCCAUCACACACACAAACACAUCCCCCCUCUCAUACACAGAGCACUCCUCACACACACAAAUACACAGACAGAGCACCCCUCACACACACACAAACACAAACAGCACCCCUCGCGAACACAGCAUCCCUCUCACACACACAGCAUCCCUCACACAGACAGAGCACCCCUCACAAACACAGAGAACCCCCUCACAGCACACAGACACACAGCGCCCCUCACACAAACAAACACCCCUCACACACACAGUACCGCUUAUUCACACACAGAGACAGAGCACCCCUCACACACACAGCACCACUCACACAGAGCACUGCUCACACACACACACACACACACACAGAGCACCCCUCACACACACACACACACACACAGAGCACUCCUCGCACACAUGGCACCCCUCACAGACACAGCACUCCUUACACACACAGACAGAGCACCCUGCACACACACAAACACUGCACCCCUGUUUGUCAGUGUGUCAGGGUAUGUAUCUAUGUGUCUGUGUAUCUGCAUGUGUGUCAAGGUCUGUAUCAGUGUGUCAGGGUGUGUAUCUUUAAGUGUGUCAGUGUAUCGUUGUGUCUGUGUAUCUGUAUGCGUGUCAGGGUAUGUAUCUCCGUGUCAGUGUGUCUGUGUUUCAGGGUGUGUAUCUGUGUGUCAGGGUGUGUCAGUGUCUGAAUCUGUAUGUCUGUGUGGGCAUCUAUGUCUGUAUGUGUGUCAGUGUAUGUAUCUGUUUGUCAUUGUGUGUAUCUGUGUUUGUCAGUGUAUGUAUCUGUGUCUGUGUAUGUAUGUGUGUUUCACUGUAUCUGCAUAUGUGUCAGGGUAUGUACCUGUGUACCUGAAUGUGUGUCAUUGUGUAUCUGUGUGUCUGCAUGUGUGUCUGUUUUAUUUUGUCUGUAUUUGUAUGUGUGUCAGUGUUUGUAUCAGUGUAUCUGUAUGAAUGUUUUUGUGUCUGUGUAUGUAUGUCAGUGUUUUUAUCUGUAUGUUUGUGUAUCAUUAUGUCUGUACAUCUGUACCUGUAUGUAUGUCAGUGUGUGUAUCUGCAUGUGUGUCAGUGUUUGCAACAGUGUAUCUGCAGGUGUGUGUAUCUGUAUGUGUGUCGGUGUUUGUGUAUGUGUGUCUGCAUGUGUGACAGUUUGUGUGUAUGGGGCAGAGGGAUAGCAGGGGGAGCUUGGGACAGAGGAGAAACAGAGAGAGCCUGGGGCAGAGGAGAAGCAAGGAAAGCCUGGGGCGGAGAAGAAGCAGGGAGAGCCUAGGGCAGAGAAAAAGGGGAUAUGGGACAGAGAAAAAUUUAUGCAUUUGAAAUAAAUGCAACUAAAUUAAUUACAAACAUUUUGUUAAUGGGAGGGGUACAAUUUAUGGAAAUGGGUUGCCAAGGGGUACUCAAGUAAAAAAAGGUUGGGAACCAAAGUAUACCUUAGUGAACUUCGUUACAACAGCAAUAUGGAAGGCCUAAUUUCAAACCUUUUAUAUGGGUUAUAUGGCUACAAUAGAUCUGUGAUCAAAAAGAUGCAUUUGAUAUGUCAAAAUGUAGAGCAUCAUUUGAGCAUCCAGCGCUGUGGAAAACAUUGGCGCUUUAUAAAUGGCAGUAAUGAAUAAAUAAAUAAAUAAAUCAUUUGAGUAAGGUGGUAAUAGAGCUACAAAAAAUCUGGCAAGUUACAUUUCCCAAACAGGUCUCUCAAUGUAUAAAAAAUAUUUUAUUUGCAAAGAGCAAUAUACUUUAAAGCAAAUUUAAAAAACCUUUUUAAAUGAGGGUCAAAUCUGCCUGUAGUAUAUAAAUGCCCAAGAUGCAUUUUUGAGUCAAAUCCUGGUAUUCACAAAUACUGAAGUUCUGGGGAUUUUUCUCUAAAAUUAUAAUUAUCGGGGAUCUGACCAAAGUAGCCAGAAAAGCUGGAAACAUAGAUGAGUUGGAAAUUUCUACCGGUGAGGCUGUUUUAACCUAGAAUUUGAAAAUCCCUGGUCAAAGUCUGGAGUCUGCUAAGUACAUAGUAGAGGAAUUUGGACGUUUAUCCAUCAAAAUAAUAAAUAACAUAUUGAGAAUUCAGAAUGCCUACUGUUUUGCAGUCAUAUCCAUAGGAGAAAAAAAUCAAUAAACAUUUAUUGGCUGUUUGUUAAAAAAAACAAAAAACUAAACUUAAUUAAAUAUAAUAAAAUAAGAAAGGGUGUCUCGUAAACUUCCUAUUAACCAAAAGGUAAUUGCUGGGAAAUUUAACUUGCCACAAUUGCCAAGUCUCUCUCCGAUCUGUAAGCUAAUUGAGGACACCAUCUUGCUUUUUAAAAGCAAUCUUUUUUUUUUUAAUCCCCUGCACUCCAGUGAGCGUGACUUUUAUUAUAAAAUUUUGAAGUUAAUCAGGAAAUGUCUGAGACUUUAUUCUAUCAUCCAAAGUUCUGGGCCAUAUUGGGACCAUUGCAGUUGGGUGCCAACUCAGGGCAAAAUUAAGUCUAUUCAAAGGUGGCUUGAGAAGUUCCAAACCAAAUUUAAUAAUAAAACCUUAAUAUUAUUAGUUUUUUUUUUUUAAAUAAAAUUUGAUACAUGACACAUUUAUAAUGUUUUAAUAAACACAAUGAUCCUAAAAAUAAAUGUAAAAAAAAGAAAGUCAAUUAUUACAGUAGCUGAACUUUAAAUGAAUUUUGUUACCAUACAGUAUUGGAAACCAAUUAUAAUGACAAUUAAGUCUUUUCUAGAUGCUGGUUACGUAAUAUCAGAAGGAGGAGAAGGAGGGGGAGAGACCAGCUCCAUGCACUUUGAGUGGGAGUGACGACUGCAGGAAGUGGAUCUUCAACAAACUGAAGUGACUUAGAGCAUGUGAACUGGACGCAGAUAAGUGGACACUGGCUUAUUACAAAACACAAUCGACAUGGUAUGGCUGCUCACUGACUGCUAACAAGGGAUCUACCCAGGUAAGAGUUAAUCCCCUGGAUACAUUGUUAGUCAUUUACAGUGAGGAUUCUAAUGGAAGCUUAGCUGUUUAUUUGCAAGCCAUCUGUUGUAUUAAUAUUAUUAUUAGGCAGGAUAUGUGAUCUGCAGCCAAAUUUGGAGGAUAUGUGUAUUUCGUAUUGCUUUUUUCUGUGUCUUUUUUUAAGUAAAAAUAAAAAAUCCAUGUUUUCUUUAUUUUGGGUAACUUUACAAUGGCCUCAGUGACAAUGUUGGUGGGGGCACAGCACAGGGUGGUAGUUUGAAUGGGACAGAAGGGAUGGGCUUCACCCUCUCAUAAGUGAUCGGUUGUCUGAACUAAAUCAGUAUUUGAGGAAAGCCCCUUUAAACAGAUGUUUCUGCUGUGUCGCAGUCUGACUUUGAACGACUCUGAACGUCCCCCGAUAUAUCGAUGAUCUUUUUGAAGUUAAAUGCAUAAAGUUGGUAGAAGGCAAGAAAUUGAAUAUAAUAAUUAAAAAACAAUCUUGCAAAUCAUGCAACAUUGCUAGUUUUGUUUACUUAGUUUUCAUUCCUGAAAAAAACUAACUCCGGGCUUUGACCUAAUGAGAAAGUGUAAAAUGUCCUUGCAGGAAGGGGAGGGGAGAAUAAAGGGGUAUAGAGAAUGUUAGUUGAUUCAUUCCUAGCAGGAUGCAGGGAGUUCCCCUUCGCUUCAUUCAUUAAAGGAUGGCACAUGGGCGAAGCACAAAGGAUUUAUCGCAUCACACUGCCACCACGUGGAAUCCUCAGUUUUCGCAUUAUCUAAAGGAACCCUAGAGCCAAGUAGAUUUCCGGGGAGGACUAUCUUGAUGGGAAAUUGAAAACAGCUAUUUCCUGCACAAUAAAUACCAUGAAUAUUUUACAAGGCGACUCUAUCUCUCCAUUUUCUCGAAAUACAAAUGUCCAUUUCAGAGCUGCUUUCUCAUUACUAGACUUUUUGUGCACUUUAACCCCCUCCUCAACCCCCAACUCCAACAGGUCAGAGCUGUAGUUAGUAGCCAUAACUAUAUGCUAUUGGGGUGGGAUAAUAGUCAUGUGUUACACAACUAACUAACUGUGUAAGAUAAAAUUUAGAGCACUCAGAUAAAGUUCUGUAGUGGAAUUGUUGCUGUCUUACUUCUGCUAUUAUAUUUUUAGUUUUAAGAGUAAAGUAUACUUAUAAACAAAUGCAUCAUGUUUAUAAUAUGUGUUUAUAAAUCACUAAACUGGCUUGCAUUGUUUCAGGAUUAUUAGUGGUAUGUGAUAAGUUUAUUAACCCCUUAAGGACACAUGACAUGUCAUGAUUCCCUUUUAUUCCUGAAGUUUGGUCCUUAAGGGGUUAAGGACGACUAUAGGCACCCAGACCAAUUCAGCUUAAUGAAGUGGUCUGGGUGCCAGGUCCCUCUAGGAUUAACCCUGCCUGCUGUAAACAUAGCAGUUUCAGAGAAACUGCUAUGUUUUCAAAUGGGUUAAUCCAGCCUCUAGUGACUGUCUCAUUGAGAAGACGCCAGCGUCCAUAGGAAAGCAUUGAGAAUGCUUUCUUUUGAGACUGGCUGAAUGCGCGCGUGGCUCAUGCCGCACAUGCGCAUUCAGCCGAUGACGGGAAAGGAGGAGGAGAGUCCCCAGCGCCGAGGGAGCCUGGCACUGGAGAAAGGUAAGGGAUUAACCCCUUCCUCCCCCUAGAGCCCGGCGGGAAGGGAAUCCAGAGGGUGAGGGGGACCCAAGCACCCUAUAGAGCCAGGAAAACUAGUAUGUUUUCCUGGCACUAUAGUGGUCCUUUAAUGACAGAUCAAUAAGAAAAACGAUACAACACAAACCUGGCUAAAUGACUUAUUGUACUAAAAACUACAAAUUGCCAAGCUGUGACUAUAGAGGGUUUUUUUUGUUUUGUUUUUUCAAAAAGGCAUUUAUCUUAAUUGCACAGUUCGGUGUACAAUUUUCUGACAUUCAUACAAUCCAGUGUGCAAGUUUAAGAAUUACCCCUAUCAUUACAAUCACUACAACACUCUGUAGUGGUUAUGAUGCCAGGUGUACCCCAUUGUGGUUCCCUUGUAAUGGGGCAAACAGUUUAGUUUGCCCGGUGAUGAAGUUCUGGCUUCUGCACAGUUGUGACCGUCAUAUUUCAUUGGCUGAGAGUGUCAGCUGACCACUCUCCAAUAUUGCACAGAAUUGACAUUAGCCAGCCUAGACCCUCCGGUAGAAGAGAGGUAGUGAAACGCUGCACACACAGGCUUGAGGCACUCUGACCACUUCCAAUCUGAAGUGGUCAUGGCGCUUGGAGUAACUCUUUAACAAUGCCAACCUCUCGAGCAGCUCUUAAUUAUAAAUGCACGUCAAGCUCAGCCAGAAGACAUACAGGAUCUUAUUUACAUCUUGAAGUACAAAUCACGUUUUCAGCAUAAAUAAUUUAAAGGACCACUAUAGUGCCAGGAAAAAAUACUCUGGGGGGAGAAAGGGUUUAAACUUACCUCUUUCUCCAGCUCUCCUGCUCCUCCUUUCCUCCCUCCCCGCAAGAGCCUCUCGCGCAUUCAGCCAGUACAUAGAAAAGCAUUCUCAAUGCUUUCCCAUGGACGCUGGCGUCUUCUCACUGUGACAAUCACAGUGAGAAGAACACAAGCGCCUCUAGCGGCUGUCAAUGAGACGGCCACUAGAGGCUGGAUUAAACCUAAUGUAAACAUAGCGGUUUCUCUGAAACUGCUAUGUUUAUAUAAAAAAAAAGGGUUAAACCUAGCUGAACAUGGCACGCAGACCACUUCAUUAAGCUGAAGUGGUCUGGGUGCCUAUAGUGGUCCUUUAAGUAAUUUUUGCUCAAAAAUGGUAUUUAGAUAUUGUAAGUAUUUCCGUGUUCUUUUUACUCAAAUAUUUCUUACUCAGAUUUUCAGAGUACAUACCGAGCAAAAGUUUAAUUUUGCUUUCAAAAAUCUGGUAUGCUGAUUUUCAUUGACUUCUUUUACUUGAAAAAUGCGAUUAAAAGUUGAGUAAAUUCUCUUCUCAUACAAUAUCCUACAUGCCAUUGCUGUAGUAAAAGGUAAAGAGCACAUUAUUAUUAUUAUUAUAAUCGUUUAUGUAGCACCAACGUAUUCCGCAAUGCUUUACAGUAUUAUAAAGGGGGAAAUUUAACAAUUACAAAAUGAUACAGGAACAAUAUGUUAAUGAGGACAUUGUUUUAAAAGAGCUUACAAUCUACAUGCAUUAGCCCCAGCCACACAUCCAUAUUCAUUAGCCCCAGCCAGACAUACACAUUCCUUAGCCCAGCCAUCUAUCCACAUCCAUUGAUAGCAGGAAGCCUUUAACACCCAUCAUCCAGAGGCAUUCAGCAUACUUUCAAAAAAGUCUUUGGAAAUGCUGGCAGUCUAUCUACCAGUGCCCUCAGCUCAGCUUCACUGAAUUUCACUUUUUUUUCAUACUAUUCAUUGCAACUUGAGCCCCCUCAUUGUUCCAUGCAGGAGUAAUAAUUUCUAUCGGUAACCAAGUCAACAACAUGGACAGAUCAUCCAAAUAACUCAUGAGUAAACUGUAAGCAAAAAUGUGAAGUAAUUUUCAAGGAGGUAUUCAACUGCUGUGUAGCCAAGGUUAACUUACUGGACGGUAGAUAGCUAGGUGGACAAAACUGCUGAAAUCCAACUGCACCUUCAGUGAAAAUUCUAAGUGAAUUUAAAAUAGGAAAGCAUUGGAUUGGCUGAGAUCAUCAAUUCCAAGGAUGUGGGGGCGGAGCUAAACACUGUGUUGUCCAGUCAGCAUCUCCUCAUAGAGAAGCAUUAAUUCAGUGCAUUAAUUCAGUGCCAGCAUAUUCCGUAGCACUUAACAAUAUUAGCGAAGGGGGAGAUUUAACAAUAAAUGAGACAAUUACAAAAAAUUACAGGAACAAUAGGUUGAAGAGGGCCCUGCUCAAACAAGCUUGCAGUCUAUAGGGUUCACUGGUUUCCGUGGUGAUUACCCCACAUUUAGUACUUUAGACCAGUUUUCAGAGCUUGACCCAUUUUAUACAUCUCACUAUUUGUCUGUAAAAUCUUGGCCUUCACCAAAAGUGAAAUCUGUUUCUCGCUUUUUGUAAUAUCCUUUUGUUGCAUUGGGCACUAUUAAUCUUCUCCGCCCCCCUAUUUUAUUUAAAAAUGUAUUAAAUAGAUUGAAAUCUACCUUAAAUACACCACCAAGCUUUAUUUCCAUACCUUGUCUGUCGUCACGACACGUCUUCCGUGAUUGGACAUUUUUGCUGGCUUAGGGGCUCUGGGCCGAUGAGGGGAAGGAAGGAAUUCUUUAAUACAAAUAAUAAAAAAUAAUAUAGAUGUUCAAAACAAAGGGUGGCAGGAAAGGGGGCAGAAAGAGGCAUUGAAGUGCCCCUUUUGAAGGUACGCUGCCUGCAAGAAAGAAACUCUUUACAUCUGUCGCCUGCACGUAGAGUGCGCUGAAGACUGGCGAUUUUUGCACAGGAUUGAAGUUAGGUAGCCCAGACACUUGUGCCCGGUGUUCAACAAACCACCGGCACCAAAGUGCCGUUUUCUCUGUAUGUGCAACAUUUUAAGCAGAAACGCUGCACAUACAGACUCCUGCCACCAUGACCACUUCUAAAAGCAGAAGUGAUAAUGGUGCUUGAAGUUAACCUUUAAGAUUCAUUGGAUCAUGUUGUAAUGAUUGUUGUCUCUUCCUUUUUUCUCUACCGGGCAGCAUCUUAAUAUUGCUAAAAAUAGAACCAAAUAAUGCUGAGUCCCCGAAGUAUCAAUACUGCAUGUAAUGCAUAAUUAUUUCCUUUUGCUAACUAAAUCUGACAAACUCUCAAUGUUACAGGCUUCAGCUCAAAGAAAUGUUCUAUUAAAGCAAGGACAUUCCAUAUGGUGUACCAGUACCAAAUAUAAAUAUAUAUCACAGUCUGUUUUAAGAUGGCUUUCUGACACUCUUCAUUUGUUGUAUAGAGUAAACACUCAAAAUCUGCAAGUAUAACUUGGUGGUAUUAGUUAGAAUAGGGCUUAAAGUGGCACUGUCAGUUUUUUUUCUCAAACCCAUCGUUAAGUAACAGCUGUGAACGAGGCAUUUUAGAAAAAUGCACUUUUAAAAAUGUUUUUUUCACUUGCCUUGUAUAUCGCUCCCAGUGCUUCGAUUCUAGUUAGUUUAACUCCUUUGCAUCGGUUACACUAUGGACGGAAUGCCAAAGCAGACGUAAGCUUUUACAGGUAGUGGGUGGUGGAUGAACACCUGCAGCAUUGUGUGAAGGCCCAGAAGUGCUGUGGAAGACAGUGGUUUUAAUUUGUUUCUGCAUUCCUAACCCGAGUAGGAGCUACAGUAGCAUUUAUUGGUUAUAAUAAAUUAUAUAUAUAUAAAGGAACACUAUAGGGUCAGGAACACAAACAUGUAUUGCUCACCUUGUUAAAACCACCAUCUAGUCCCCCUGGUUCUCCCCUUGCCCCUAAACAUAGUAAACUCUUACUUUUAUUCCAGUCUGUUGUUGCUGGCUCUGCCCCUGAUCUGCCUGCUUGGCUGACAUCAUCAGAAGUGGUGUGCUGAGCCAAUUACAAUGCUUUCCCGUAGGAAGCACCUCUAGUGGCAGUCUGAGGAGUGGCCAGUUGAGGUAUCCAUAGGCUGUAAUGCAAACACUGCAUUUUCUCUGAAAAAAAAAAACAGCAGAAAGCUUGAAAGGAAUGAUUAUACUCACCAGAACAAAUGGGAUAAGCUGUGGUUGUUCUGGUGACUAUAGUGUCCCUUUAAGCCCUUUAGGACCUGUUAUAGGUGAAGUUGAGCGACACUGUCAUGCCAAACUUACCUUUCUUUAAUCGAUUCCUCUUCUCUCCCUCUGUCAGGAUCUGUUCUUCAUUUCUUCCUAUCUGCUCUAGUUUUCUUUAAAAUAUAAGACAGAGAAGGGACUACUUUGUCUUAUGGAGGUUUCCUACGCUUGACCAGCGGAGGAACAAAGUGUGCUACGUUUCCUGUGGUCAAAGCAAUUUUCCCACAAUUCUUACCUUUGCUCCGUGAUCUCGCGAUGGUUCCUGUCAGUAUUCCCGAACGUCCUGUCACUUUGACAGAACGCCAGUGAAACUACUGAAUUUCGUCCUAACAGAAUGAGAACGGUUUGUUCAUUCAUGUUAGGACGCAUUUCGGGACUUUGUUCUGAUCAGAAUUUCAUUCUAAUGAAUUAAAUUCUGAUCCGAUUCAUGCUCACGGUAUCAGGGAGCUAUCUACCAAAAUGCUGAAAGACCAAAAUUGGUUUGGGGCCCUAAAUGAUAAUGAGAGGGGGGGCUAUCAUCCUCCUCCUGGCCCCCACCCCUGAGUGGCAGGUUGGGGCCUUAAAUUAUAAUAAGGGGGGGACCUUUUGUACUCCCCCAGUCCCCACCUCUGAGCAGCGAGUGGGAGCCCUAAACAACAAUAAGGGCUGGGGGCCCUAAAUUAUAAUAUGGGGACGACGACGACCGUUUGUCUUCCCCCCCAGCCCCCACCCCUGAACGGCGCGUGGGGGCCCUAAAUUACAAUGGGGGGGUUGGAGGGGAGACAUAUUGUCCUCCCACCCAUGAGUGGUGGGUGGGGGCCCUAAAUGAAAAGGGGGGGGGGGUUGACUGCAGAGUGCUGCUUUCGCUUUCUGCAGGUUGUUACUGAAAAGCACAGAAUUCUGCCUUAACACAUCCAAAUACAUACCUGAUAGUGUGUUAUUCAGUGCAAUAGAGUUUUUUAGCCAUUUAAUUGUUGUGAUGAUUUAUUUAUGUAUUUUUUUUUUUUUUUUUGCAGGGGAGAGUGAAGUAACAAUAUGGCUAAAGAGAUGAGAGGUCAAUAUGAACCGGUUGCAGAGAUUGGCGUCGGAGCCUAUGGUACUGUGUACAAGGCACGGGAUCUUCAGAGUGGGAAGUUUGUGGCUCUUAAGAAUGUCCGGGUGCAGACCAAUGAAAAUGGACUUCCUCUAUCUACAGUGAGGGAAGUUGCUUUACUGAAACGCCUUGAGCACUUUGACCAUCCAAACAUUGUAAAGUAAGUGAAUUUGGGGUGUGAGGGCUUUUUGUAUUUGUCUCUCCCCAGAUCUUUGAAGGAAAAUGCAUUAAUAGAUUUUUUUUUUACCUAUUACUACUUACUAUCAAUGAAUCACCUUUAUUUGAUCUCCGGGGCGUGUGUCUUUAGUCUAGGAGUGACAAUAGACAUUAGUGCUGACAGCGUGUCGUCAGCGUGCUAUUAUUGUUACAUAUGCAUUCACCUGCUCAGUUUUAUUUCAUUCCCAUGUCUCUUUUCCUCUGGGUUUUCCAACCAGGCGACCAUACAAGCCGCUUGCACUGUGUGAAACGUACACAUUACAUUUCCCGAGUCUCAUUUGUUGAUCUGCACUUUAAUAAUCGUGACAUUUCAUAUUAUGUGACAUGAAAUCACAUUCAGGCUCUGUGUGUUUAUAAGUCUUGUCUCAUGUGUUACUGUUUUGUUUUGCUUGUUUGUUGUCUGUUUUUUUUUUUUUGCUUAAAGGGAUACUCUAAUCAACAAAACAUUAGGUUAAUGAAGCAGUUUUGGUGUAUACAUAAUGUCCCUGCAGCAUUACUGCUCAGUUCACUGACAUUUAGGAGUUAAAGGAACACUUUAAGAUUUUAUUAACAAUGUAGUAAAUAUACCCCAAAGAAAACGUGCAUGUAUUUUUUUCUGCAUGUUUUAUUGAGAGGGUAUAUGGACAAAUAUCUCGCAAAAGCUCCAGCCUUCGCAAGCCGUUCCCUUUUUCCGUCUUUGUGGGGAUACAACAUUUAGAGGUUUCUUAUUGAUAAGCCUCAAUGCUGAAGCCGCGAGCAUGCACACAGUUGUGGCUUUCCUAUGUUUCUCAUUGAGUUGUAAUAUAGCUCAUUGAGAAGGGGGAAACAGAGCCACACUGAAGUCCAGCUCCUGUUAGCUCUGUCGAGCUAUCGGGAGAAUAAAGAAAACUUCCCUGGCUGUCUGAUUAAUAAGAGUGUUGAUUUCCAAUGGAAAAAAACUCUAGAAAAAAGAAUAAAGAGAAAAGUGUUUCUGUGCAGGUUUUGGAAACUACGGAAAUAACUGGGGCGAUGUUCUUAAAGGGACACUCCAGGCACCCAGACCACUUCUGCCCAUUGGAGUGGUCUGGAUGUCAACUCCCACCACCCUUAACCCUGCAAGUGUAAUUAUUGCAGUUUUUAUAAAAUGCAAUAAUUACCUUGCAUGGUUAAGUCCUCCUCUAUUGGCUGGCUAUCAGACAGCCACUAGAGGGACUUCCAUGUUCUUAGAACACGAAAAGUGUUUUAAACGACGCUGGACGUCCUCACGCUAUGCUUGAGGACCUCCAGCAUCACUGGAAUAAAGCUUUCCUAUGGGAAGGUCUAAUGCGCAUGCAUGCGCAUUAGGUUUCCCCCGCCGACAUAGGAGCAUGGGCGGAGCCUGACCCAGCACCGAGGGUCUAAUGCGCACGCACGCGGCCAUUGCUGCGCAUGUGCAUUAGGUUUCCCCUGCCGGGUGACGUCGGUGGGGUAGGACCGUGGGCGGAGCCUGACCCAGCACCGCUGGAUUCAGAUAAGUCACUGAAGGGGUUUUAACCCCUUCAGCAACAUGGGAUGGAGGGUGGGAGGGAGAGGGGCACUGUAGGGUCCUGCAGUGCCAGGAAAACAGGUAUGUUUUAAUUUAAAUUUUUAAUGUUAUAUUCAAUUCUGAAAGUGUCAUUUUUGGCUUUUUAUCGAUAAUAAAGAUUAUGCUCUUCUCCCUAUAUGAUUGAUUGUCUUAUUGGAAUUCUCCAAACUUUGUCAAAAUCAUCGUCCACGAGACAGCUCAAGCCAUCUGUGUAAUGAUUGUUCUCCCUUUCCAUUUAAUUUAUUUUUCUACUGCCUGUGAAAUUUGAGUUUCCCGAAAGGAACUGGAAAGCUAUGACUGGGUGACCAAAAAUAUGCACAUGUCCUUUUGUGUUGUUUCCCACAUUCAAGGCUGUGCUUCAUGUUGCUGAUGUCCAAUCUUUUGGAAUUCAAGUUGUUGGAAUAACUAUGUAGAAACCAAGCAAACCGUAUUGCUUUUCAAAGCAGGGCUAGGAAUUUUGUGGCUGAUCAGCUGAGCAUAAGGCUUAAAUUUCCCACGGGCUAGCAAAGGUUCAUGGGAUUUGUAGUUUGUGGACCAGCAGUGGAGUUCAGACAGUCUGUGUAUUUGUUUUUAAACUGUUCAGCAGUUUAAACAUUUUAAUUAUUUAACAUGACCUUCUGCUAUUGCAGCACAAUAUUUAAUAUUUAGUUCUGGAGAGACUGUGGCUUUCUAGAGCCAUGUCAAAGCGUUUUAUAGAUCUUAUUUUUCACCCACAAAGCAUGCUCAAUUCACAUGGGUUUAUACAUUGCAACUGCCAGCAAGAAGUAUAGAUUAAGCUAAAUAACAGUGCCUAUCUAGGAUAAAACAUUUUCGAUUUUUGAUCACAUUCUGGCAAUUCUGUAAAAUCUUAACCUAAUAUGUGACCUUAAAGGGACACUCUAGGCACUGUAACCAAUUCAUCUAAUUGAAGUGGUUAUAUUGCUUAGAGGCUCCUAGCGCUGACUGUCUGUGGUGCUUUCAAUUUGUUUAGCGUUAACCAUUUCAGUUUAACUCUAAAUGAGCUUUCAUGCUGGCCUGUCCCCUCUGUGCUGCGAACAGGAAGAAGCUGCAUAGUAGCGCAAAGUCGUAUCAUGGAGAAGGCAGAAUUGGGUUGAAUUAAGCUACACUUUACUCAUCAUCGCGCUAGACUACAUACCGCAGGGGCACUGGAGUAAGCCCCUAAAAGGCAAUUAAAGUUAUAGGAUGGAUGCAACAGGACCUCAAAUGUAUGUAGUGUAGUUUGUGCGGGGUUUGUUUUGUGUUUUUUUAUUACAGUAUUAGGUAAUGCAUGAAAAAAAACUAUUCCUUUGGCUGUUGUGUUCUUGGAAAAGUGUUUUUCUUUGUGUAUCUCUGACAUGGCAACUCUUAAUCUUUUCCCUACACAACAUAUGAUAGCUGGUUUUAUCUGCCUUACUUAGACUGUGUUCUAAAGCAACAGUCAUUCAAUUGGGACAUGAAUUUGAUCUAGCGUUAUCCAUGUAAAAUAUAUAUAUAUAUAUUACUAUUUGUAAUUCCACUUUAGUGAAAGGUUUUUGCACAGUUCUAGUAUUUAGAUUUCGAAGUUACUGUAGACAUUAGUGUAAUUUUCUCUGAGUACACCCAAACCAUAUGUGAGUGAUAUAUAUGUAUGUACAUAGUAUAUAUGUGUCUGAUCUGCCUGUUAUCCUUGGAUUGUUGGUGUACACAUUAGUGGCCGUUAAGUUUACUGAGGAGGAAAGUGACGCAUCAUGCGGUAAUGGUGUCAACCUUUAAGAUAAGAAUUCUGGGCAGUAUGAAACUGUAUAUUUAUGCUCUUAGCCACCAAUUAAAAUUCAAGUGCCAGAGCAAUGCUGUGCUAAUCAUGUCCCUAAUAUAUAGUUUUGUUCACUAUAAUCUAGCUGAUGCUGUGAGUGCGUUGGCUGAGUAAAUCAUAAAAAGUCCCUUCUAUGCGGGGAACUCCGAUGCCUUCACAUCAGACAGUUUGUGGAGGAUGUGCCUAUUUUUUGUAUUUUUUUAGAUUUGUAAUUAGCUUUUCUUAACCAAUAUAACUAUAUAACUUGCAGCAAAACAUGUUGGGAAAUACACUCACACUGUUUUCAAGGUGAAUUUAAUUAAAGGAGCUUGCCAAAAUGCUUUAUGGUGGAGUCUGUCAUAUUUGUGAUAACUUAUAAAAGUGUUGAUUUUCAACAUAAAUCAGCACGUUUGUUGAGCUGUUACUGUUUGCGUUUGCUGCAGUUUACUAAACUAUGGUUUUUGUUUAGUGGGGGGAGGUUGACACAUUGAAGGCCUAAGGGGAAGUUAGUACUAUACAGAGAUUAUUGUCACUCAAGGGGUUAAACAAAGAAUAGACUCAUUCUAUAGCAUUGGAUGGUUGUGUUCAUUCCUUCGUGUUACUGUCUGUGACAUUUAAUGACAUUUACAGAGGCUAGCAGAGUAGCACCCACAGCACUCUCCUUGUAUUAAACACUUUUUAAAAGUCCACAUAAACCACUAAAACAUUUUUACUUUAACAUUUGAUUGAUUUAAAAAAAAAUACAAGCCAUAUCACAGACAGAAAAAAAGAAAAAAAGUUUAACAGUAUCUGGGGAAGAAUAAAAAAAGAUCUGGGCCUGAAAUGAGACAAAACACAGACUUCCUUCUAUAGAGAAUGGCAACCAGUAUUGUCAAACAGACAGCACGUGUUAAGGAGUAAUGGACAUAACUAAUAUUUGAUCAAUUUUUAUGUUCAGAAUUGCCAGCCAUGGUUCUUUUUCUCAAAUAUGUGGCUGUAAAACAAUAAACCUUCUUGAGGCCUUAUUUACAGCUGUGCAGGCUGCUCCUUAAAUGAAUGGGUUAAAAGUGAAGCUGAAAUAUAGAGACAAGCCCAGCAACUAUUGGUUACAAUUUGUGUUAUCUUCUGCAGAUGACAGCUGUUUUCCUGUGGCAAGAGUUCUCCCCAUCUCUUGUCUGUUUAGCAAACCUGCUUUUGUCAUGUUGCUCAAUCUAGCUGUCAAUGCAAAGCCAUACUACGCCAGAGGACCAUUUAUCUGUAGAAAACAGCCUACAGAUCUGAUUAUCUUGCUCCAGGUUUCAACAUUGAGAAAAUGCAAAUGGCAGGUUAUUACAAAAGCAGAAUAAAAUUGUUAUAUAUGCUUUAUCACAUCACAUACAUACCCAACGUCUGUGUUACAAUGGAUGAAUGUGUGUAGUGCUCAAACAGAGGAGGCCCUCCUUCUGUGGUUUUUUUGAAACUUUGAGACAACUUAAAAAAGUACAAAACAGUGAUAAAAGUAAAAAAAAAGAAGAACUGAAACGAGAGUGGGAGAAAGUCACAUUUGAGAGUCGGGUCUUUACUUUUUAUUCUGAAAUAUGGGAUGGUACUAAUUUUUCAUGUCCAGUGAGAAGCAUUCCAUAAUCAAUUAUAUGUUGUUUUGUUGUCUUUGUACUAUUGUACCAUGAGGAUGACCUAAGAUGAUGAGUGGAUAUUUGAUAAAUAUGUACCCUAUAGAUACUGCACUCCAUGAUUAUGGCGGGAUCUGUGGACCAUUGUGAGAAGUCUGAAGGAUGUGCGUUGUUUAAGGCUUUUGCAUGUUAUAGUGCCCCCUUUUAAUUGUGUGUUAUGCAUGGUUUUCUAUGGUGUAUAGGGGUGAAAAGGUUCCCUGGCAUACUACUGUCUUAGCCACGACUAGUACUAGUGGCGUUAUCAUGGUUUUGAGGUCCUUGGGGUUCAGCAGAUGCAGCUGACGGGCAACUGCACAACUUGACCCCUGCCCCCCCAAAAAAAACCUAGGAGUUAUGACUAUCACUGCUGGCAUGUUUAUCCACAUUUAAAUGAAAAUAAAUGGGCAGUAUGCAGUAAUCGAUCUGCAGAUUGAUCCACAUUAGCUCUUUGCUAAUUUCUUUUUCAAUUUUUUUCUUUACUAAAUAUGAUUAUCCAGCUCUUCUGCACUCUUUACCAGUUUUUAACUUUCAUGAGAGAGAUGGAUUGCUCCCACAAACCAGAAAGAUAUAAAAGUUGUUCUUGGGAAUUUGUUCCAUAAUUCCACAUGUGGUUAUUGUCCUGGAAACUUGCUCUGAUUUAGCACUUUUGGUAUUGUAUAGAGAAAUCACACUAUUUAUUUAUUUUUAUUAAUCGACAACAUGUUUCUGCUGUUUUAGGAGAUUCUUCAAGUGUCCAGCUGCAGUGAAUUUGUUAUGCUGUGAAAUAUGCACAGUGUGUGUUCUAUGGAUGCAAAGAGCUAACAGUCAUUAAUCAUUGCUGUUGCGUUGUGAUGCAUGUUUUAAGGUCCUUAAAGGGACACUAUAGUAACCAGAACAACUACAGCUUAAAGGACCACUAUAGUGCCAGGAAAACAUACUAGUUUUCCUGGCACUAUAGUGCCCUGAGGGUGCCCCCACCCUCGGGGACCCCCUCCCGCCCGGCUCUGGAAGGGGGAAAGGGGUUUAAACUUACCUUUUUCCAGCGCUGGGCGGGGCGCUCUCCUAAACUGCUAUGUUUAUAGAAAAAAGGGUUAACCCUAGCUGGACCUGGCACCCAGACCACUUCAUUAAGCUGAAGUGGUCUGGGUGCCUAGAGUGGUCCUUUAAUGCAGUUGUUUUGGUGUCUAUAGCCUGCCCCAGCAGGCCUUUUAAUGUAAACAUUGCCUUAUCAGAGAAAUUUCUGCUUGGAAUAACCCUUUCUGUGGUGGUCUGCCCACCAACUCAAAAUAAAACAGAGGGGAGAACCGUGCCACGAUUGGCUGUGUGGCGCAAGUGUGCUGGUGUCAGACACCAAUAUUGCACAAAAUUUAUGUUAGCCAGCCCAGAACUCUUGAUGCUCUGAGUUACAACUCUGGCAGCAGAAGGUUUAAACACUGCUCAUACAGACUCCAGGCAACAUGACUUUAAAUCGUUGAAGUGGUCAUAGUGCUUGGAGGGACACUGCUGGCAAGUAUUAAAUGCUAUAUGUAGUUCGGUUAAAUGCUCACCAGCAACUGACCAUGAUUUGGCACAAUUCACGGAAAACCUAGUUGUCCCUUGUUGUACAUUGUUAGCUCAUUCAUGACAUACUAAAUGCAACUUCUGUUUUUUAUUCAUUAGUAGCUUGAUAAAAGAAAGUAUUUCUUUAUUACAAGUUAUGAAUAGGAAAUUCAUGAGACAUGAGCCCUUUGGGUUGAUUUUGAAUUUCUUUCAUAAGUAAUCUUUGUGGCAGAACAGAUAGCCUCUCAUUGCUAUUAAUUAUUCUGAGUUGGAUACCAAUAGAGAGUCACAAUGGCUCCUUAGUGUUUCUGGAGAAUGGCGAGCGAUAUACAGUAACAGAAAGAUUUAAAGAGAGAGAAAAAUUGCGGUUCUUAAAGGGUCACUCUAAGCAUCAUCACAAUAGUACCCUGCAUGUACUUUCAGAAUAACCUACAGUUUGUAAAAUGUCUGCAACUCUUUGCCUGUCCAUCAUAGAAUUCAGUUUGUUCGGGGCUGUGUGUGUUAAUUGUGUCCAGCUGUGAAUUCUGUGUUUUUUGAGUUCACUUUUCUCAGUAGACAGAGCCGAGCCGCAGACUGUGCAUGUGAGGACCUUCUCUCUGUGAUAGCCUCAUAUAGUCCUGUUCACUAAACUGUGAACCAGACCAUGUUUACACUGGUAGCAGUCAUGUCUGCUAUCUGCUUGUAGAGUGAAACAAAAUGAAGAGAAAACUAUUCCCACGAAAAAUGCAAUGAUUAAAACAUAACUUUGAAUUAUUUGUAUUAUAUCUAAUGCAUUAUGUGUAUGUUGCAUUAAAACAUUGAAGGGUCAGUUUUACCCUAUAGUGCUGCUUUAAUUUCUGGGGCGGAUCCAAAUGCCAUUUUAUUGGGACCCUAGUAAUUGGAAAAUGAACAUGGUGUUGGUCCUGCGCACUUUGUACUGAUUACUGUAGCAGCUUUCGACGCUGGGAAUAGUCUAAUAAAAGUGCUUCACUUCGGUUAUACCACACAUUACAUUAGAAUUAAAGAUUGCAUCACCAGCUAGUGCCAAGUACAUUACAUUAUAUGAGUCCCUAUCAAAAAUGUUUAGGAACUAUUAAUUCAGGUUUUUUUCUGCGGGGAUAUGACAUCUUGGGUUGCAAAAUGCUUCUCGUCUCUGUGAAUAACAAGGCCGAGGCUUCACAGCCUUGCAGACCUGCCGUGUGUGCAGUUAUUAAAAUGAACACUUUUAGAAUAUGAACACAGCUGAAGUGUUUGGAGUGUUCCUUCAAAAAUGUCAAAGUUUGUGGUUUUUGUUUGUUCAUUUUUUUUUUUUUUACACAUUUAAAUAUCAAGACCUCAGCCAUGUUUCUUAUAUAGUUAUGUGAUAGGGAUACUGCACCUUCAGAAUAAUCGCCCCUCUACUUCCUUUUAUAUCCAACACAUAAAGAAGAAAUUAUCAGUAAAAGCAAACUGAUUUUAUUAGGCCAGAGUAGCUGAGAUUGUGAAACCCUUCAAGUCCAUCCUUUUUCCAAGUUAUUCUGACAUACUGGCAUACAUUUGUGCUUUAAUUUAUAGUUCACCACUUUUUGUAAAUAAGCCUUAAUAUCACAAUGGCCGUAUCGGAAUGUCAAUUGGCUUCUAUAUUUUAGAAGGCCCGGGUUGAAAUAACUCUUUUUGUUUAUUGCAUUAAAUAUUGCUGGUACAUUGAAAGGGCAUAAAAUAAGACACCUUUGAAUUUCAAUAUAUAGAAGCAUAUCUCCAGGGUCUGAUCCUUUUCAAGUGUUCAACAGAAACCAGCCACUUCUGGUCAUUCCUUGAUGCUAUUGAUCAUUAAAAAAAGUUUCGUUUUUUUUCUACCAUAUAGUCACUACAGCGUUUUAUAGUUACGGUUACGGUGCCAGGAGUCAAACUGUUUUAAAAUUGUUUGAAUUCUUACAUGUGCGCCUCUACCUGCCUCGUGUACAGCUCAGCACUCACUAAGCGCUAAUGGAGGCUGGGAGUGGCGUCAAACCGUUCUAAAAUGGAUUGGUUGUUAUGGUACUUGGAGUGUUACUUUAAUGAGUCAGUAGAGCUGCUUUUAGGAAAUACAGUGAAUGAGAUCAGCUUGAGUGCGUGACAUUUAUUUACAAUAAUUUUAUAGCAUUUGUAUCUAUAACAUAUCUAAUAUUGUUUUUUCCAGGUUAAUGGAUGUCUGUGCCUCUGCCCGGACAGACCGCGAGACAAAAGUAACUCUAGUUUUUGAACAUGUGGAUCAGGACUUAAAGACUUACUUGAAGAAAGUUCCUUCUCCUGGCCUGCCUCUGGAUACAAUUAAGGUAUCUGCUGUUCCUUAACUAAUUCUGGGCAGUUUUAACAUUGUGAUGAGUGGGGUGAUCAAAGUGUCUUCCAAUAACAUGUCUGAUAUUGUAAAUAUAAAUGCUAUUUGGGGCUGACAAAUAGGCAUUCAAUAAAUGCAGGUUUGCAUCAGGGGUCAAUCAACAGUGCUAGGAAGUCUUUACACACUUCAACUAACUCAAAUGAGGAUGCAACUGGCUUUAUAAAGAAGAGAAAAAAAAUUGCUCUUGGGCCCUCAUGCUGGUUUUAGUGACCACCUGGACAAUUCUGAGGUGGAAUAACAUAGAUUAACUUUUAGUUACAUUUAUCCUGAAUUCUGCACACUGAUUGGCUACCAACAUGAAUAGACAGCUUAAUACUGACAGUUAACCAUCAGGCUGCCAUUUUUAUAAAGAGCAGCAAUCGCUAGUCUUUGACUCUUCAGACACUGUGUACUGCAUUUGUGAUGAUCAUUAGUCUGCCAAAAAAGAAGGCUUAGCAUUAUGGGAAAUAAGCACACAGCAAAAAUGGAAAUGGUGAAAAAUACCAACAGAGAGUUUAUAUUUGUGGUUGCGUUUAUCUGUAUGUGAAGCUGUCAUAUUGCUUCUUCAGGUAUAUUAAUGGAAUUAUCCAGGGAAAGUGCAUUUUGCGUAUCGAAUUUACAUGGAAGGAUUGUUUUGACUUUUCAGGACCUAAUGAAGCAAUUUCUCUGCGGCUUGGAAUUUCUUCACUUGAACUGUAUUGUGCACCGUGACCUGAAGCCAGAGAACAUACUGGUGACGAGUGCAGGGCAGGUCAAACUGGCCGACUUUGGCCUGGCAAGGAUUUACAGCUGCCAGAUGGCUCUCACACCCGUGGUAAGUUUUUUUUUUUUUUUUUUUUUUCUCUAACCAUCAAUCUCCAGAACAUUUAGAUUAAAAUAAUAAAUUAUAGUCAUUACUCUGUUCACCCAUAGUUGAAAAAGACAACCGAGCACAGACAGAGAUCUAUUCUUAUCUUAUCCAUUGAAAAGGAAUUUUGUCACUCCGGUUUGGGAGGCACUAUGGAAUCAUAUACAUUUGUUAAAGCAUGUACAGUCCAUAACUGUGUUUCUGUACUCUUUUAUACAAAUCAGUCACCUCACCCACUGUACUGCUUGGACGUAAAAGGACACUGCCGGCACCAUAACCACCACAGUCUCUUAGAGUGGUUAUGGUGCCUACAUUGUUCCUUUAAGACAUUCUUAGUAAAAUAUACAAACUUAAAAAGGGCAUUUUCCCAGUACUUUCUAUAAAUCUAUAGAGCCCAAGAAUUUUGAUUACAAAUAUUUACCCCAUAAACAUAUCUUUCUUUUACCCUAACAUUAUUUUUCAAACUAAGCACUUGCAAUGUUCGCAUGUAAAGCCAUAGCAAUAGGUAUAUUCUGUUACCAACAUGGUGACCCAGCUAUGUCUUUAUCUUCACCACUUGAGUUUGUUAGUAGCAUUCCAUUACUAUCUAGCCAGGGACUAAAUUCCACUCCUGUCAUACUUUUUAUAGUGUUUAAAAGGCUUUCUAAGGUUAAAGCGAACUCGUGCAGCCUCCAUUAUGGAAAUGUUGGAGAUCUGCUCAUAUGCUCAUAAACCUUGUUAUAAAACAUGUUUUCAAAUAAAAUAAAAAAGGUAGGAAUUUCAGAAUUUUUGUGUGUGAAUGCCUAUUAUUUUUUGUUAGUUCUCCCAUUUUUCUAUGCACGUAUUAGUGACUUCCUCUUUCUAAUGGUUAGAUGUCAGCUACAUAGAGUCUCUUGCUUUGCUAACAUAGCUGUGUUCAGACAUUAGCAAGCAGACUGAGCUUUAAAAACAUGUGCUGUUUAACUUACUGAGGUAAUCUCGUUGUUGGGACUUUUCGGUCAGAGUUGUAGGUAGUUUCUUACCAUUGAAUGAGUCAUUUCUGAUACUUCUCGUACACCCACCCACUACUGCUUUUACGUUGCUGGCUUGCAGCUUGUGGAGUGAGUAUAACCAUUUCAUUGCCAAACCAAUGAGAUCCUAAAAUGCAAAACGGGCCAGCCCCUCAGCUGUUGUUGGCCUGCACUUCUCGUAAUGCUAUGCCAGCAAGCAUCUGGAAGAAAAGUAAAGGAAAUGUGCGUUGGAGGGGCAAAGGGUGGGCAUCAUUGCUCUAGCAUCUGACUCUAUGGUUUCUGCAAAUAUAUUAUAGCUUUAAAAUCACCGUACUGGGUAUCAGUCUGCAGGCUUGAUUAACAAAGGAAAGCCACAGUUUUAAGAACCAGUUGAGGUUAAUUGGGUAUCUGAUCACACUAAUGGGAAUGGAGAGGUGGUUCUCAAUUACUCAAUUUUACUGCAAUAAAGAAUUUAUAGACAUUUACCAUUGGCAAGAGUGAGCGGACAUUGAAUGUUCCCUUUUACUAUGCAAUAAUCAGAAAGCUUGGUGCCUCAUGUAUCAGUUUGGGUCAGGGCAGCUGUGUAGUUAGUUGCCCCAUUCCGUUGCAGAAUGUCAUCUUGGAGGAGAAAAUUAUCUUCAGUUUUUAUUUUCUUGUUCAAUACAAUAAUUCUGUAGCACAAUGUAGAGAUGAAAUCUAAUUGAUGGCGAACUUUGUUUACUUUAAAGCUUGUUAGCGAAUUAGCACAUACAGGUGAUUUGUUGGCGCCUUUUACUAAAACAACAUAGCUAAUGGAGCAUAAGGUAUCAUUCUGAAUCAAUUCUAUGGCUUCUCAAAACAAACAUACAAAGCUCUGUAGGUGCUCCACUUUCUCGUUCCCUGCACAUAUUGACUGAGACAACUCAGUUUACAGAUGUCAGCCACAAGUUUUAUUUAAUGUAUAACACCACUUUUACGCCAUUAUUCUUAUUUAUUUUAUUUUUUAAUAGUCACUAGUGAUUAUGUAAAUCCUUGGGUGCUUAAUCUCAAAAAAUUCACGCUUGAGCAGUUUAUUAACAUUCAAAUGGAUGGAAAGUAGAAGUAUGCAAAAUGAGCUGAAUAACUAACCAAAAGUUCGUUUUUGGCUGUGUGUAGGUUUUGUUUUUUUUAAAGGCGGGGGCAUGGGGGCUUGUACAUGCGGAUGUACUAUAAUAGGAAUGCCUAAGAGCACAGGCACUGGUAUCACAUUUUUAAACCAGAUGCACAAGUGUGCAUAAGCACAUCUGGAGUAUUCUGGACUGGUGCCAUUGUCAGUUCUCUUAAUAUAGUGAACAAACCCUCAUAAUACAUGCAAUAAAAACAAAAUUGUGUGAAGGGACAUCUUGCCUCCUGCGUUCUAUGCGGACACUGGCUUUCCCUGCCUGAGCCUCUCUGCGUUCUCCUCUCCCUGUGUGAGCCCCUGAGACUGAAUACCAGCUGCUAGCUAACAUUCCCUUUGGAACAGUGUCUGUUUUGCUGCAACAAAGAGGUGAACUGUUUGGCUGUUUGUGUGGACAUUGCACAUACUCACGUCCAUUGUUGUUUCAGUGUAUCUCUAAACAAGAGUACCCACAAAAAAUACUUUUUACAGUUUCAGUUUAUUUGCAGUCGUUGCUGUGUUUCGCAAGCUGUCUGCUCACAGCUUUAAUGUAAAUGAAAUGUCCCUUUCUGGAAGGAUGUGUUGGCCUGGCAGGUUAUUCAUCUACUUGUUUCUCAAACGCUGUGCUGGCUCCAGGCUACGUCCGGCUAUGUAAUCUGCACAUUGUCUACUUCUCAUGCAUCUGUCCUGCUCGCAGCUGGCUCUAAGCUGCACUCUGCACAACGAGGAAUUGGCAUAAUAAACAAUCCCUGUUUAAGAUCAUUUCACGUGUGACAAAAUAAAGGAAAACCGCCUUACUGCUUUUUUUGUUUUGUUUUUUUACAUAAAAACAAUUAGGGUUUCUACUUUUUCUUAUGUAGACCAGGAUCUUUGGCAAAAUGCAGAGCUUAAUCAAGGUUCCGUUUCUGUUGCCAAGCCGAUUUACCCAAAAUCAACCAAUGAAAUAUGUUUGGUGGACUUACACGCCUCACAGAUUUGCAUGUGGUCCGGCUCAGGCUUCAUUAAACAGAAUGGUUGGCGUGUGCCUAUUUUCAUGCAUGUGCGAAACUUCAAGUGCCCACAGAAGGGAACGGGGGAGAAGAAAAUAGUGGUGCCAGAUAAUCAGGAUAAUCAGUCCGGCACAAGAAAUAAAAAAUGCUUUAUAAUUAGCUAAUCUCCCCCUGCUUCUCCCUCAUUAUUUACAUUUUUUACUUUUUAUUUGUAGACCUAGAAAUAAUUGAUUUUUUUAGGAACAAAUGAUCUAGUGUGGAUAUUCAAGCUUUGUAUAAAUUUCUUUGAAAAGUUAGGAGCCAUCACAGUAACCUUCUAUGUCAGCACUCGGCUACUAGGUCUUUCAGUUUCUCUGUGAGUGUAAUAAACUGUAUAAGACAGAUAAUAUUGCAUGUUAAUUAUUAUUUUGCAAAUGCUUGUUUUGUUAGUCUAAUUUCUUGCAUGGCAGCCUAUUCUAAAGCAGUAAAGCAGUGUCUACUGAAAUGGACACUCUAGGCCAGCGGUUCCCAAAGUGUGGGUCGCAACCCACUGGUAUGCAUCUAAAGCGGAUUGCUAUAUUUUGCCAAUUGUAUGCCUGUAAAGCGGUUUGCCAUGGUGUGCCAAUUGUAUGCCUUUGAAGCUGAUUGCCAUGGUGUUCACUUUUUAAAAUACGCAUUAAAAGCAAGUGGGUUUCGAAAAAUUACCGUUUUGAAAGUGGGUCUCGGCCCAUAAAAGCUUGGGAAGCCCUGCUCUAGGCACCUUAACUGCUUAAUUUUUCAUUGAAGUGGUUACAGUGACUAGAAUCCUCUAGUCUUUCCAUUCAGCAUUAAACCGUUUUUAAUGUUUAAUGCUAAACAAGAGUCCCCAGCAACCCAUCCCUUCUGGUGUUGUCAGCUGACUGCACACUAUAACAGUGCCAUUGCAAGCAUGAAUCGGAAUGGCCACAAGGAAGUGUGUAUCUAAUCUCUGCUCUAAUCAUAUGUAUGCUGUAAGUAAUAAAACCAUUUUAGAGUGGUAUGAUUUCGUACUUGGUUGUCUCUCAGGUACUGCUCCCCACCACCACUACUUCAGACAGAGAGCGUAUUGCUCUCUCUAAAUCAGCAGUGCAGGACUUUGCUCAGAAGAGCAGACAGAAGAUCCUGCCUAGGAACAUCUGGCUUCUGAACUAAAACAGUGGAGGCUUGGGUUUGUUCUUGUGUAAUGCUCGGAAGGCCCUGGGUAAGAAGUCAAGCCAUUAGAAAACAGUUGGACUACUUACAGUGGGGGGGACACCAGGGUACUCAAGGCACCAAAUUCACUACCGCAUGCUGUAGUGGUUAUGGUGCUUGGUGUGUUCUCUUUAACAAGUUUACAAUAGGAAAGUAGGUUCUCACUUGUUACUCAUUUUGUUUGAUGUUGAUUAAAAGAAGGCAUUUUAAUGGUAUUUAAAUUCCUUGUGCAGGUGGUGACGCUGUGGUACCGGGCCCCAGAAGUGCUGCUUCAGUCAACCUAUGCCACUCCAGUAGACAUAUGGAGCGUGGGUUGCAUAUUUGCUGAGAUGUACAGAAGAAAGUGAGUAUGUGUUGCUAUACCUAGGUGUAAACCCAAAUAGUGCAUGAUACACUUCAAAGCAAUCUUCUUUAAUCCUCCCUCUUCAUUACGGUAAAGGUUAAUAAACGUUUGGGCAUGUUGUAUAUGUUGGACCUUUUUCUCAAAGACUAGUGGAGAACCUCAAUUGCUCAGCUUCCUGGUUAUGCCAUUUUCUAGGCAUAGAAUACCCGCUAACUCUUGACUGAACAGAUUCUAGUUUUUUGUUCCUUCUGAUGUUUUAUUAGUUUGCAAAAUCUUAAAGGGACACUAUAGUCACCAGAACAACUACAGCUUAUUGUAUUUGUUCUGGUGAGUAGAAUCUUUCCAUUCAGGCCUUUUGCUGUAAACACUGUCUUUUCAGAGAAAAUGCAGUGUUUACAGUAUAUCCUAGGGAUAACUCCACUGGCCACUCAUUAGGUGGCUGCUAGAGGUGCUUCCUGGGGUAGUCCUGCCUAGUGUGCAGCACUGCCAUUCAGUGUCUCUACCCUCUGCAUGUAGACACUGAACCUUCCUCAUAAAGAUGCAUUUAUUCAAUUCAUCUCUAUGAAGAAAUGCUGAUUGACCAGGGUUGUGUUUGACUUGUGUUGGCUCUGCCCAUGAUCUGCUUCCUUGACAGCCUCAGGUAAUCCUAUGGGAAAGCAUUGGGAUUGGCUCAGAACAACACUUCUGAUUAUGUCAGCAGACAGAGGCAGUUCACAGGCAAACAGGGGCAGAGGUAGCAGCUGCAGACUUGAAUACAAGUAAGAUUUCACUAUAUUUACGGUGGCAAGAGGAAAUCAGGGGGGCUAGAUGGUAGUUUUAACACUAUAGGGUAAGAAAUAUAUGUUUGUGUUCCUGACCCUAUAAUGCUCCUUUAAGAGUCUUACCACUGUGUUUCAUAACACAUGCAUCUCAUAGAGCCCAACCUCAAAACUAUGUAUUUUUGUAUAUAUAUUUUUUUUCCACCUCAACCUAUUCUGCUGACUUGAUAUACAAACUCAAUCCCUUGUAACAGCUCCUUUUUAAUUUAGAAUUAAUACAUUUAACACCAAGUUUUACUUUCUUUGAACAAUAUGUUCAUAUUCAAACAGAGUCACAAUCCUCUGACCACCUGUAACAUCACCGUAGACUUCAGGACUGUUUCGCUUACUGUGUGUUAAUUUGUGAUGUUUACCUUGGCCCGUGGUGCAGAUGACCCCUUUUUUUAGAGAUGGGGAGCCAUAUCACUGACAUAAAUUUUUGCCAUAGGACCCUAGGACAUAAGGGGCUGUUGAGCAUUGUGCCAAGGUUCUGGAAUGCCCAGGUAGGCUAAGACACAUCCCAGUAUAGCUCAGAUAACUGCAGAGAUGGAAGGGGCAAGGGUGGUGUUUGGGGGGAUGGGUCACUUCUGUCACUGAUUAUGGCCAAAAUAAGGCCAUGUCUUUUACCACAUAUAUUCCAUAUAUUCUGAUGUAAAUUAUGUAAAAAAAAAGUUCUCUGAUGUUUUUUUUUUUCUAUAUGAAUUGCAAACAUCAGACUUAAAUAGCCAAGUAGUGACUAUAGUAGAGUUACAUUUUUUUGAAAAUGUUCAAGCUAAUUAAAACCAACCAUGUAUGUGUCUGUUUUGUUUUUCCAGCUUAGAAUAUAACGUAAUGUAUUCUUUAUAACUGCGAACUGUGAAGCUAACCAUUAACCACCAGUGCUGACAGUUUACGUGUUUUUAUUUUCCAGACCUCUCUUUUGUGGAAAUUCAGAGGCUGAUCAGUUAUGCAAGAUCUUUGAGUAAGUUGUCUGUUCUUGUGAAAAGCCUAAAAGGAGAAAUUUGUUUGCUUAUCCUUAUUUAGAAUCUAAAGUCACAUAAGGAGUUUCCACAGUUAGAGAGCUGAACUGUAAACAGCAUUGCAAAACAUCUUAAACAUUGCUAUAUCUAUGGAAUGGAUUUAAAAGAUUGUUGUGUUACGGAGGAAGUAAAGUGAACUGGCUUUUUACCCCAAUAACAUGUGGAAGCAGAUUUGAGUCUGUUUGGAACUGUAGUUUAACAAGGCUGCUGUUUUAAAGGAGCUCUCCACUUCCCUCAUAGUAACUUUUUUUUGUUUUUUUUUAAAUAACUAUUUACUAGAUAUCCCUCCAGUGAAUACAUGCAUUAAUUUUUCAUGCAUGUAUUCAUUGGAGGUAUAUCUUAAAAGAGCUUGCAACGGUUGCAGUUCUUAGCCAGCCCUCCCCUUUUUUCCUUGAAAAGACUUUCAGUCUCUUCCCGGGUAUUUCUCAUUGAGAAGCCUCUGACUUGCUGCUGACGUGCAAUGUUUGAUUGACAGCCAGGGGGGAGUUCCUUAGUUUAUUUACAAAAGUGCUGAUUUCUCAAUGUUUUUUCAUUCAUUAUUAAAAUAAAUCCAGGAGUAUAAUUCUGCACCCGCCGCAGUCCCCUUAACCUCAUUGGACGAGGGUUAAUGCAGAAUAAGCAGGUAGUAGUCAUACCACAGCAAACUGCUAUUAGCCACAAUACUCUCUGCAACGCAACCUUUGCAGCAAUGUUUCGCUAUUAUGAUGCUUAGAAUGACAUUUUGAUAUUUAAAAAAAUAAAUAAAUAAAUACUCACCACUUCCUCUUGGAAGAGAUAUAAGAACUAGCAACUGAUACAGGAGUUUUACUUUACUGCACUUGAGUACGUCAGUUUUGCUUAUUUAUUUAAGAGUCAGUUAAUAACAUAUAGUGAAGGGCUGGUUUGUAACUCCCCAUAUGUUGCAGAGCUACAACUCUCAUAAUGCUUUGCCAGCCUUUUGAAUGGCAAAUCAUCCUGGCAAUCGCAGUGCUACAACAUCUGGGAAUCUACUGUUUGUCCACCCAUGACAUAGCGUAUCUUGUAUUUAAAAACAACCGGAAGUAGAAAAUGUUGGGAGUCUAUACUUCAGAUGCACACGAGCAAGCUCUCUAAGACUGACAUGUUGUUGUUAAUAUACUUUUUUCCCCACAUAAAUACACCUACUUUGACAGCAGAACCUUUAAAGAAACACUCCACACCCCAAAAUUAACCCUCGUCCAAUGAGGUAAAGGGGACUGCUGCGGGUGCAGAAUUAUACUCCUGGAUUUAUUUUAAUAAUGAAUGAAAAAACAUUGGGGUCAGGUCCUUUAGGUUGUGCCCCUUUUCGAAGAAAAUAAUGGCAGUGAGCGUUCAAAAAAAUGAUCAUGAAUAAUGUCUCAAAAUAUUGAGAUUGACCUAUACAAAGGUUUAUUUUUAUUUGCAUUUCUAUGCUCAACAAUUCUACCAUUGAAUCAAAGCAACAGGAGGACCAGGAUUGGUUGAAAACAAUGAAAGAAGGUCAUUGAUAGUGAUCUUGUGUAUCACAAUAGCAGAGAUUAUAAGACCUCAAAAUCUAAUAUAUAGAUUAUACUAUGAUACAAUGAGUAAAAUAGCAAUAAUGUAACAUUCAGUAGGUCCACUGUGCAUUUUUACAGUCUCAAUUGAAUAUGAAAUUCAUUGUGUUACAGAUGAUGAAUUAUUUAAGUUGUGGUAAAUAUUAACAAAAAUAUUGUCCGUACUACUCCUGUGUAACAGACAGAUUAAUUGUUCAGAAUUGGAUAGGGCUGGCCUCUGUAACAUGCCAUAGCAUGCUUGAUUGUAAGCUUAUCUAAAAAUGCAGACACAGGACAUUUAAAUGCCAUGAAUUAACACAUUGAGUUCACUGGAUUUGCACAAUUAUUUGUGGUGUGUAAAGAUCACUUGUAAACUAUUUAAUUUUCCUUUUAUAUUGUAUUUUACAUUCUUUCUCUUCAGCUUGAUUGGGCUUCCAUCUGAGGAAGAGUGGCCAGUGGAUGUAACGUUGUCACGCUCUGCCUUCUCAGCAAGGAAUCCUCAGCCAGUGGAGGACUUUGUGCCAGAGAUUGAUGCCAUAGGUGCUAAACUAUUGCUGGUGAGUAUUUCAGGGUUUUUAUUAUUUUUAUUAAUUUAUUUCAAAAUUGCCAUAUAUUCAUUGAGAUAGGUUUUAUCUUUAAAGAUGCGAAUGAACUAAAACAACAUUGAAAAGCUCCUGAGCAGAAAUUAUAUUUGGGGAUAGAAAUUAAACUUUCCUUUUGGGGUGGGGCCUGACAGCCGAGCUAGCUAGACGUGCUUGCAGAGAGCUCCAGCAUAAACGCAGCUUUAUAUUGGCAAAUAUAUGCCACAAUCUCGACAAAAGCAGCUCAGCAAAACAGCAGUGUUGAACCAAGUGGAGACCCGUUGACACCUGCCUUGUGAAAUUCUGGGGUGAACGCUCCACACUUCACAGAUGAGGCCUAACUUGGGGACUGUAAAAAGCAGCAGCUCUCCUGACGACCUGCAUCUCCCCCUCCCCCCUGGACCGGUGGGGGUUAUCCUGGUCCCCGCUGGGAAUACCAACAGGCUUCAAUCUUUAAAUCCCUCGGCCGGGAUGCAGACCGCAUGUCGGGCCCAAGAUGGCUGCUGAGCACCAACCACAAGAAAGCCCAUAGACACAGGCAUGGAGAGAGCACUUUAAAGCUCAGUUUGACUGCAUCUGACAAGACGUUUGGAUGCGCAUAGAGCUUAACGCCACCCAUCCUUAAUGCACAGAGAAUUGGAGCUGAAGCGGCGGCUUAUCGACCCAGCGCCCACAUGGAGAUGCGACCAUCUCGCUGGCGGGCCUGCCGGCGGACUUCCCAACCACCGAACCGCACAGCAGCACAAUGCCACCAGGCAUGCACCUUACCACCUCGCAGCUGCGUCCCUCCACGGCACUCACAAGGGAGCCGACUCCAAGCUGGCAUGCCGUUCAGUCGGAGAGAUCACAUAUGGCGCUACAACUCACGACCCAGUUACUGGACUCAGACGGAGCAGUCAGUGAAGUACACGACCACACAGGCACUUGGAACCGGCGGUGCUUUCACCUUCAACAAGACGGACUCAGAUUCCCUGGGUUUGGCAGGCUGCCACUAGUGGGCAUUGGUUGAGCCGCCUCUGGCUACUGCUAAAGGCUGCCUAAUGCACAGCUUACCCCAAUACUCUGUUUGUCCGACCUGCUACCCAGCGAUACCCGCAGAAACCGACAAUAAGCCUCUUACCCAGCCAACUUAUAUAAAAGUAUUAUAUACUGUGUUAUUUAGCAGUGUUUGUCCCCAGUAUGCCACAAACUUAAGUACCCAGCAGUAAUAACAACGUAUAAAAAGAAAUAAGAAACAGCUGUCCAAAAAAGUUUUGGUGAUUUGGAUGGUCCUAUUUUUAAAUUACUUAAUAAAUAUAAAAAUUUAACACCUUAUAUGAUUUUGUUUCAUGCUUUUCUUUUACCAUGAACUAAAUGGAAUUUUUGUUUUUGUGAUAUGGAAAAAAGUAUCUUAAAAUUUCUCUUUUCUUUCUAGGAAAUGCUGACUUUCAGUCCUGAGAGACGAAUAUCUGCCUCCCAAGCUCUACAUCAUCUCUUUUUUACAGACACCACGGAGGCCUGUUCCAAACAAGAAUCCUAUUCUCACAUCCCAACCCCAGCAGAUAAGGUGUAAUGUAACCACGGUUGUCAAAAAGUGGAUUACACCUGGACAUUAAAAACUCUGCUUUCCAUUUUAAUCAAAAAUGUAAUUAAGACGAGAGAAGAGGACAUCUCUUCUCUAUUCGCAUCUCCUUGUGGACUAAAUUCCGUCAGCUAAAUGAGGAAGCCAGUCUUGUUCUCAUGAGCUACGCAAGAAUCACUGCCAUUGAGCUUACCACUGCCUUCAAAAUAAUUACUGAACAUCGUGUAUUGAGUUACUUGCUUUUGUACCAUGGAAAAAAAAAAAAAAAUAUAUAUAUAUAUAUAUUCUAAGUUCUUUUGAACAUUUCUACCCGGACUAUACUGUGACUGACUGGAUGGGAGAAUGCGAGAUGUGAAUAUGUCCCACAUGAUGGUUGGUACUGGACCAGUUAAUUAUCAGAACUUAAGUAUCUUUUGCCGGAUCAUCUAGUUUUGGAUGCAAAAGCUGCAGUCUGAUGGAUUAACAGCCUUUUAGUCUGGCGUGCCAAAUGUCUGUCUGCAUUUUUUCAUAAUUUUUUUUUUUUAAUAGUGUUUCUGACCAGAACAUUUGGACUUGUAUCUAAAACUGGUCCCUAGCUAUAUUGUCACAACACUACACCCAUCUGUUAAAAAAGUUACAUGAACGUAAUAAAAAAUCUUUUAAGUUACUAGAAAAUACAAAUUGCACAAUUCCCAGUUUCAAAAAAAUAAAUUUGUGUACUGGGGAAAUAUAUGGUCAAUAUUUGUUAUGCAUUUCAUCAUGUCGUCUAUCACCUGAAAGUUUCAGGGUUUUUUUCGUUGUAGGCAUGGUUGUCCUCUAAAGGAUCUAAGAUGAUGCAUAACAUUUAUGGAGUUAGUAGCAUAUUAUGGGGUCUUGAGCAUCAUAAAGAUGACUCGUAUUGAAAUCUUUCUAUAGAGCUGUUCAGACUGCAGAAUACUUUUCUAUAUUCUCUGUUUUGUAUGCUUUAUUAUUAUUAUUAAAAAGAAAUGUAAUGUCACAGUUGUCUGUGCUUUAUUGUCUGUCUGACGUCCUGUGCUGCAAACCAGUUAAAUCAUCAGAUUUGAUAACAUUUCUUUUUUAUAACAAAUUAUUAUUAUACUUUUAUUUUACAAAGUGCCAACAAAUUCUGUAGCACUGUGCAUCGUCGGCACAAUUGGUAAAACACACAAAACGUACAUUACAUCUGAGACAAUAUAAAAAUUAACAAACAAAUACAGAUGGAGUUUGGGUGCCUAUUCCCGUGGGAGCUUACAAUCUAGAUGGGGGGGAGAAACAAACCGGGUAUUGGUCUCAAGUGAUUUAUCUUUCGCCUGUUUUUUUAUUUAUGUUUUUUUUUUUUUUUUAUUAUUUUAUUUAAUACUGAAUUGGGAGCUAUGGUCUUGCAUGGUGGUAGGAAGUUGACUACAUAAACCUUUAUUACAAAAUUUGCAGUUUUUGUCCAACUACUAUUGUAAGCUUGUUUGAGCAGGGUCUUCUUCACCUCUAAAUAAUCUAGAUAAUUUCUAUAUAUGUAGAGCGCUGUGGAAUAUGUUGGCGCUAUGUGAAUGAUAAUAAUAAUAUGGCAGGGUUAUUCAUAAAAAUAUGCACAGUUUGGAAUUCAAAGUGAAUUUAACAUUUCAGGACAAAAUAUAUAAACUGAAAUAAUUACUGACUUUUUCCAAAUUCUCUGUUUGGGCCUCAAAUUUUAAAUCUACGCUGAAUUCCAGACAAUUAACAUUUUAGCAUCAGAAUGGCGUAUUUUUGGCCAAAACUCAAUAAUUUAAUACACAAUACUGUGGUUAGUGUUUUAAAAUCCAUGGUUCAUUGAAUAACCCCAAAAAGGUUUAAAUGCGUGUCAGAAAUAAUGUU